CCAGCCCGCUCUCUCCUCUGAGCAGAGUCAGCGUUCCCGGCCCGGACGCCUCGGCUGGAGGGACUGCUGUCAGGAGGAAAAACAAAACUACACGGCACUGACGGCCUGUAGUUUUGUUUUUUUCUGUGGGGUUCCUUCCAGGCUCAGCUGUUCUCCUUUUGGAUUUUCUUGCCACAUUUUCUGGAUAAAGAGAUUAAAGUUUCUGCAGACAGCCCUCUGGGCACACCGGGCAUCCUUGUGCAGACAAGGUGCCAACCAACAUGUCAACACAGGCGCCGACGUUCACUCAGCCGCUGCAGAGCGUCGUGGCACUUGAGGGUAGUGCCGCGACGUUCGAGGCUCAAGUUAGUGGUUCUCCAGUUCCUGAGGUGAGCUGGUUUCGUGAUGGCCAGGUUCUUUCCGCCGCCGCUCUGCCCGGCGUUCAGAUCUCGUUCAGCGACGGCCGCGCUGUUCUGAGAAUCCCCGCUGUGACCGCCGCACACAGUGGCAGAUUUUCUGUCAGAGCAACCAACGGAGCUGGACAAGCCACAAGCACCGCUGAACUCCUCGUUACAGCGGAGACGGCGCCUCCAAACUUCCUCCAGAGACUGCAAAGCUCCACGGUGAGACAGGGCAGCCAGGUGAGACUGGACGUGCGUGUGACAGGAAUCCCAACACCCGUGGUGAAGUUCUUCAGAGAGGGAGCCGAGAUCCAGAGCUCAGCCGACUUCAGGAUCCUUCAGGAAGGAGACCUGUACAGCCUGCUGAUUGCUGAGGCCUUCCCAGAGGAUUCUGGGACAUAUUCUGUGACCGCCACCAACAGCAGCGGACGGGCCACCUCCACCGCUGAGCUGCAGGUUCAAGGUGAAGAAGCUGUACCGAUAAAGAAAACUAAAACAAUCGUGUCUACAUCCCAAAUGGCCGCUUCCCAGACCACAGUGCAGAAGAAGGUGGAGGUGGGCUUCCAGGCCACCGCUAUGAUGGAGAUGCAUGUAGAAGGAGGAAUGAUGACUCAGCAACUGGCUCACAAAACCCCACCACGGGUUCCUCCAAAACCAACCUCUAAGUCCCCACCGUCCUACGUUACCAAGGUAGCAGGAGGACGCCAGCAGUCGCCUUCACCUGUCAGACACGUGAAGGGACCAACGCCAACACCUGUCAGACCUGUUUCUCCGACAUCCAGACCGGCUAUUUCUUCAGUCAGACCUGUCAAGUCUCCCAUCAUAAGCAGGAAACAGGUCUCCUCCUCUCCUGAAGUUCUUCCCCCCUGGAAACAGGGUGACUACAUGGCUGAGUCCAGCUACACCAGUAUGGCCGGUAUGGCCGGUAUGGCCAGCAUGGCCAGCAUGGCCAGCAUGACCAGCGUAAGCAGCGCUACCCAGCUGCACAUGGAGAAGUCCUGGGAGCAGCAGGUCACCGCUACCAGAGAGGAGGCUGUUGCCGUGCCCACCAGAGCACAGGAGCCCGUUGUUCCUCCCACUUUGAUUGCUGGUUUGAAGAAUGUGACGGUGACUGAGGGCGAGUCGGUGACCCUGGAGUGUCAGAUCAGUGGUCACCCCACUCCAACCAUCAUGUGGUUCAGAGAGGACUACAAGAUCGAGAGCUCUAUCGAUUUCCAGAUCACAUACAUAAAUGGAUUUGCCCGCAUGGUGAUCCGUGAGGCCUUCGCUGAAGAUAGCGGACGUUUCACUUGCACCGCCACUAGCGAGGCGGGAACCGUCAGCACCUCGUGCUACCUUCUUGUUAAAGUGUCAGAAGAAAUUGAGAGCAGAGAAGAAAUGGCGACUGUAACUGAAAUUGGAGUUAGUCAGCAGAAAAGUAUUUCUGUUGAGACGAAGGGACAGAUGGUGAUGGAGGUGAGCUCUGGUGAGACCGCUGCUCCCUUCUUCAUCAAGAAACCGACCCCUCAGAAACUGGUGGAGGGAGGAAGUGUGUUCUUUGAGUGCCAGAUUGGAGGAAACCCAAAACCUCACAUCAUCUGGAAGAAGAGUGGCGUACCGCUCACAACUGGAUACAGAUACAAAGUUCACUACAAGAAGGAGACAGGAGAAUGCAGAUUGGAGAUCUCCAUGACUUUUGCUGAUGAUGCCGGAGAGUACGCCAUCUUUGCCAAGAAUACUCUCGGAGAAGCCUCGGCCUCUGCCAGCCUGAUGGAGGAAGAGCAAUAUGAAACCUACAUGAAGCAGCAAGAAGCGAUGUAUAAAACUGAAGUGACAGCGACGGUGGUCCAGGAGCCCUCUGUGAUUACGAGUCAGUAUGAGCUCGAACAGAGGAGAGUGACGACCCCCAUGAGCUUUGUCUCAGAAACGGAAUUUCUUAUUUCAUCCUUUGAAGAGAGGAUCAUCCAGGAGAUUGAGCUCCGUAUCAUGAGGAUUACAUACAGUGAGCUGGUGAUAGAGGAUGGAGAGAUGAUGGUGACUUGUGCAGAGGAGGAGGCACUGCAGCCAGCCUUUGACACACCAGUGAAAAACUACAGAAUCAUGGAGGGAAUGGGCGUCACUUUCCACUGCAAGAUGGCUGGAACCCCACUGCCAAAGAUUGCUUGGUACAAAGACGGCCAGCGCAUCAGAGCUGGUGGACGUUACCAGAUGGAGGUUCUUCAGGAUGGACGAGCCAGCCUCCGUCUGCCUGUGGUGCUUCCUGAGGAUGAAGGCGUGUACACCGCCUUCGCUUCCAAUAUGAAAGGAAAUGCCGUCAGUUCUGGGAAACUCUACAUUGAGCCGUCUGGAACUGUGACACCUCAGAGAUACACACCACAGCCAGCGAUGCAGAGAAUCAGGUCCACAUCUCCUCGCUCUCUGAGCCGCUCUCCUGGGCGUUCUCCCAGCCGUUCUCCUGGACGUUCUCCUGCCAGGAGGCUUGAUGACACAGACGAGACUUCACUGGAGAGACUCUACAAGCCAGUGUUUGUCAUGAAGCCUUCUUCAUUAAAAUGCGCUGAGGGUCAAACUGCCAGAUUUGACCUGAAGGUUGUUGGCAGACCCAUGCCAGAAACAUACUGGUUCCACAAUGGACAACAAGUUGUCAAUGACUACACCCACAAGAUAGUGAUCAAAGAGGAUGGUACCCAGUCCCUGAUCAUCGUCCCAGCCAUGCCUCAAGACUCUGGAGAGUGGACUGUUGUUGCUCAGAACAGAGCUGGAAGGACAUCUGUGGCUGUGACUCUCAGUGUUGAGGCUCGUGAAAGUGUGACCCGCCCUCAGUUUGUUGAAAAGCUGAGGAACAUCACUGUAAAGCAGGGCACUCUGGUUGAGCUGGCUGUCAAAGCCAUUGGAAACCCCCUGCCUGACAUCGUCUGGCUGAAAAACAGUGACAUUAUCACCCCACAGAAGCACCCACACAUCAGGAUUGAUGGUACUAAAGGAGAGGCCAAAUUCCAGAUUCCCUCUGCUGCAGGCACUGACAGCGCCUGGUACACCGCUACAGCCAUCAACAAGGCUGGUAGAGACACCACUCGCUGCAGAGUUAAUGUGGAGGUGGACUUCAGUGCCCCUCAGGCUGAGAGGAAGCUCAUUAUCACUAAAGGAACCUACAAAGCCAAGGAGAUCGCAGCUCCAGAGCUGGAGCCUCUUCAUCAGAGAUACGGGCAAGAUCAGUGGGAGGAGGGCGACCUUUAUGACAAGGAGAAGCAGCAGAAACCAUUGUUCAAGAAGAAGCUGACCUCUAUCAGAAUGAAGCGCUUUGGUCCAGCCCACUUUGAGUGCAGACUGACUCCCAUUGGUGACCCCACCAUGGUGGUAGAGUGGCUGCAUGACGGUAAACCCCUGGCAGCUGCUAACAGACUGCGCAUGGUCAAUGAAUUUGGAUACUGCAGUCUUGACUAUGAGGUUGCUUAUGCUAGAGACAGCGGUGUCGUUACCUGCAGAGCCUCAAACAAGUUUGGAGUCGACCAGACCUCGGCCACUCUGAUAGUCAAGGAUGAGAAGGGCCUUGUUGAGGAAUCCCAGCUUCCCGAAGGCAGGAAGGCACCGCACAGGAUGGAUGAGAUUGAGCGUUUUGCUCACGAGGGAGGACCUGCAGGAGUCAGCACUGAUGAGGAAUAUGAGAAGACAAAACCUGAAAUUGUCCUUCUUCCUGAACCAGCAAGAGUGCUGGAAGGUGACAUUGCGAGGUUCCGCUGCAGAGUGACCGGUUAUCCAGCCCCCAAGGUGAACUGGUACCUCAACGGACAACUUAUCCGCAAGAGCAAGAGAUACAGACUCCGUUAUGAUGGCAUUUACUACUUGGAGAUUGUCGACAUCAAGUCUUAUGACUCGGGAGAGGUCAGAGUAGUUGCAGACAAUCCUCUGGGCACAACUGAGCAUACUGUGAAGCUCGAGAUCCAGCAGAAGGAGGACUUUAGAUCUGUACUGCGCCGUGCUCCCGAGACUAAGGCUGCAGAGGCAUCACACGAAGCUGGCAGGAUUGGAUUUGAUGUUGUAAAGGUGGACCGACCUGGUGAAACCUCACAGGACAGGGAAGUUGUUAAACUGCGUAAGACACAGAGAAUUGUUCACGAGAAAACCUCAGAGGAGACUGAAGAACUGAAGAGCAAGUUCAAGCGCAGGACCGAGGAAGGUUUCUAUGAGUCCAUUUCUGCUGUGGAGUUCAAGUCUCGCAAGAGGGAUGACUCAUACGAGGAUCUGCUGAAGAAGACCAAGGACGAGUUGCUCCAUCACUUGAAGGAGAAAGAAGAAGCUGAGAGGAAAAGGUUGGAGGAGCAGGGUAAAGUCACCAUCCCUACCAUCAAACCAGAAAGAGUCCUGCUGUCCCCCAGCAUGGAAGCACCCAAGAUCCUGGAACGCAUCGCUAGCAAGACCGUUGCUCCAGGAGAUGAGGUUCAUUUCAGGCUCAGAGUUGUUGGCAGACCAGAACCUGAGUGCCAGUGGUUCAAGAACGGCAUUCUGGUGGAGAAGACUGACCGUAUUUACUGGUACUGGCCCGAGGAUCAUUUGUGUGAGCUGGUUAUCAGAGAUGUGACAGCGGAGGAUUCUGCCAGCAUCAUGGUUAAAGCCAUGAAUAUUGCUGGCGAGGCCUCAAGCCAUGCCUUCCUGCUUGUGCAAGCCAAGGCAGCAGUGAACUUUACCCAGAACCUGGAGGAUGCCAGUGCAAACGAGAAGGACACCAUGGUGACCUUUGAGUGUGAAACCAACGAACCUUUCGUCAAAGUUAAAUGGCUCAAGAAUGGCAUGGAGAUAUUCUCCGGAGAUAAAUACAGAAUGCACUCAGACAGAAAAGUCCACUUCCUGUCUGUGCUCGUCAUUGAGAUGAGUGAUGAUGCGGAGUACAGUUGUGUUGUUGUUGAAGAUGAGAGCAUAAGUACCAGUGCAAGGCUGCACGUGGAAGGUGCUGCCCUGGAGCUCAUAAAGCACAUGGAGAACAUCGAAGUGCCAGAGACCUAUGCUGGAGAAUUUGAGGUGGAGCUGUCUCGCGAGGAUGUGGAGGGCAGCUGGUUCUUUGGAGACAAGGAACUUUCUCCCAGUGGUAAACAUGUCAUGUCCUCCCGCCGUGGACGACACACUCUGUCCAUCAAGGAUGUCAAGAAAACAGACCAGGGAAAAUAUACCUUUGUAUGUGGAGAUCAGAGGACCAGCGCCUCACUGAAGAUGAAAGUGCGCCCUGUGACCCUUAUGCAACCAUUGACGGAUGUCACAGUGUGCGAGGGGGACAUUGCUCAGCUGGAGGUCAGGUUCUCUCAGGAGAACGUCGAGGGAACCUGGAUGAAGAAUGGCCAGGCCAUCUCUGCCUCAGACCGCAUCCACAUUGUGAUUGACAAACAGGUUCACAAGCUGCUGCUGGAGAACGUCACCAGAGAUGAUGCUGCUUCUUACUCUUUCGUGGUUCCAGCCCAGGACAUCUCCACAUCUGGAAAACUCCAUGUUCAGACUAUUGACAUUUUGGUGCCACUGAAGGAUGUGUCCUCCGUUGAGGGAACAAAGGCCGUCCUAGAGGCCAAGAUCUCAGCUCAGGACAUUAGCUCUGUCAAGUGGUACCGCAACGACAAACAGCUCGUGCCCAGUGACAGAGUCCAGGUGGUGCCAAAGGGAGCCAAGCAGCGUCUGGUGUUCAGCAGGACCUUCGCCUCUGAUGAAGGACGCUACAAACUGGUGGUCGGCAAGGUCGACACCAGCUGCAGCUUCAGUGUCGAAAAGGUCCACAUUGUGAAGCACAUGGAGGACAGAGUGUGCUCAGAGUCCCAGAACGUCACCUUCAAUGUGGAGGUGUCUCAUACUGGUAUUGACCCAUGCUGGACCUUCAGGAACCAGCAGCUCAAACCCGGACCCAAAUACAAGAUGGAGUCCAAGGGCAAGGCUCACUCUCUGACUGUCCUGGAUGCCAUGAAGGACGAGGAGGGCCAGUACAUGUUCCACGCUGGAGAAAAGACAUCCAGCGCCACCCUCACUGUCUCUGGUGGAGCCAUCACACGUCCUCUGCAGGAUGUGACUGUGGCCGAAUCACAGACAGCUGAGUUUGAAUGUGAAGUCGCCAACGCUGACGCCGAGGGCCGUUGGCUUAAAGAGGGUAAGCCAGUGGAUUUCAGUGACAACGUGGUGAGCGAGGUGAUGGGUGCCAUCAGACGCCUCGUCAUCGUCAUCACCAGACCUCAGGAUGUUGGAGAGUACAGCUACCAGGUGGCCAACUCCAAAACCACUGCUAAUCUCAGAGUGGAGGCUGUGAAGAUCAAGAAAACUCUGAAGAACCAGACCGUGACUGAGACCCAGGAGGCAGUGUUCACACUGGAGCUCACUCACACUGAUGUGAAAGGAGCUCAGUGGAUCAAGAACGGUGUGGAGCUGCAGAACAGCGACAAGUAUGAGAUCACCACAGAAGGCAUGGUUCACACGCUGAAGGUCAAAAACUGCAACACACAGGACGAGUCUGUUUAUUCCUUCAAGCUGGGAAAACUGUCCGCCAACGCCAGACUGAACGUGGAGACAAUCAAAAUCGUGAAGAAGAUCAAGGACGUGAAAUCCCUGCUGGACGGCACCGCCUCCUUUGAGAUGAGCCUGUCACAUGACAACGUCCCCGUCCGUUGGAUGUUUAACGGUGUGGAGCUGAAGUCGAGUGAGAAGUGUAAAAUCCUGUCAGAACGCAAAGCUCACAAACUGAACCUGCAGAACGUCGACAGCAGCAACGCCGGAGAGUACACAGCCGUGGUCGGACACCUGCAGUGCAGCGCCAUGCUCACUGUGGAGGCUCUUCAUGUCACCAAACCGCUGAAGAGCUUGGAGGUUGCGGAGACUCAAAUGGCGACGUUUGAGUGCGAAGUUUCUCACUUCAACGUGCCGUCCACCUGGCUUAAAAACGGCGUGGAGAUUGAGAUGAGCGAGAAGUUCAGGAUCGUGGUCCAGGGAAAACUCCACCAGCUGAAGAUCAUGAACACCAGCCGGGAUGACUCUGCGGAGUACACCUUCGUCUGCGGGAACGACCGAGUGUCCGCUACGCUAACCGUUAGCCCCGUCCUCAUCACGUCCAUGCUGAAGGACCUGAACGCUCAGGAGAGGGACACCAUCACCUUCGAGGUCACCGUAAACUACGAAGGAAUCACCUACAAAUGGCUGAAGAAUGGCGUGGAGGUCAAGUCAUCGGACAGGUGUCAGGUCCGCAGCAAGCAGCUCACGCACUCCCUCACCAUCCGGAACGUUCACUUUGGAGACGGAGGAGAGUACCAGUUUGUGGCCGGAUCCGCCGCCACUGCCGCCAACCUUUUUGUGGAAGCUCGUUUGAUCGAGUUCACAAAGAAAAUUAAGGACAUAAAAAUUACAGAAAAGAAGAAGGCGAUCUUUGAGUGUGAAGUUUCUGAGCCCAACAUUCAGGUGAUGUGGAUGAAGGACGGACAGGAGCUCGACAUGACACAGGAAAGAUACACGGUGACAGCAGAGAAGUACGUCCACCGUCUGAUGAUCCAGACUGUCCGGAUGUCUGACGCUGGAGAAUAUUCUGUGGUUGCUGGAUCAAGCAUCUCUAAGGCCCAGCUCAUCGUGGAGGGUCGGGACAUUCGGAUCUCUGAACCUGCAGAGCGGGAAAUCACUGUCCUUGAGCGCCACAGAGCGACCUUUGAGUUUGAGGUGAACGAAGAUGAUGUGGAGGGCCGCUGGCUCAGAAACGGCGUGGAGAUCCAGUUCGAGGUAGAGGAGAGGUUUAACUAUGUGGCCAUUAGGAAGCUGCACCGCCUCACCAUCUCUGAGACGUACAGGAGCGAUGCCGGCGAGUACACCUUCAUCGCCGGGAAGAACAGGAGCACCAUGCAUCUCCGAGUCAAUCUCCCUGAGCCUCCUCAGAUUCUCCGCCACAUGGAACCUCAGUCAGUGGAGGCGGGUAAACCCGCCCGCUUCUCUGUACAGGUGAGUGGCGUUCCCCAGCCACAGGUCUUCUGGUAUAAAAACUCCCAGGCUCUCUCCCCGGGCUUCAAGUGCAAAUUCCUCCACGACGGAAACGAGCACUCGCUGCUGCUUAUCGAAGUCUUCCCCGAGGACGCCGCCGUCUACAACUGUGAGGCCAAGAACGACUACGGCACCGCCACGAGCACCGCCACGCUGAAUGUGGAAGUGUCAGAAGUGGUGUCACCAGAUUCGGCUGCCACCGUCGCUCCUCCUGUCGUCAUCUCACCGAUCACCAGCACCUCUGCCCACGAGGGAGAACCGGCUCGCUUCCAAUGCAGAGUCCGUGGAGACGACGUGAAGAUCAGCUGGUUCCACCGAGAGAAGGAGAUCAAGCAGUCUGACUUCUUCAGGAUGUCUCAGUUUGACAACAGCUGCCAGCUGGAGAUCUCCAGAGUCUACCCGGAGGACGAGGGCGAGUACACCUGUGUCGCCAUGAACAGCGCCGGCACCACUUCCUGCUCAGCCACUCUCACACUGGACGUGAUCCGUGUGAUGGAACACAUUGAAACCAAGAUUGAGCAAGAGGUCAAAGUGCCACCAGUCUUCACACACAAGAUCACACCUAUGGAGAUCAACGUCGGCAGCCACGCCAAGUUUGAAUGUGAAAUCCAGGAUGCCCCAAGCGUGACCUUUAAAUGGUACAAGUCAGGCAUUGAGAUCAGGCAGGGUGAGAAGUACAGGAUCAUCAGCCGCCACAUCGGUUCUUCUCUGGAGGUUCUGAACCCGGUCAAAGCCGACAGCGGUGAAUACAUCUGCAAGGCCUCAAACCAGCACGGCACUGACAGCUGCACCGCCCCUCUUAUUGUUACUGAACCGGCCAAAAUCGUGGACAAGCCUGACGCCCUGAGCGUGACUGCUGGGGAUAUCGCUGCCCUCGAGGUCAAAGUGUGCGGCACGCCUGAGCUGACGCCAAAAUGGUUCAAGGACGGUAUUGAGCUGGCCUCUGGAAGGAAGUACAAGAUCUCUUUUUCACGGAUGAUUUCUAGCCUGAACGUGCUGAAUGCAGAGAAAAUGGAUUCUGGAGAGUACACGUUUGAGGUCAUGAACCAGGUCGGCAAGGAUCUGAGUAAAAUCAAUCUCACUGUUUUAGAUAAGACCAUCCCCCCAACCUUCUCCAGGAAGUUGAAGGAAUGCAGCACGGUUGUGGGAGUUGCUGGUGAGAUGGAGUGCAAAGUGUCUGGCUCCCCACCUUUUACCAUUUCCUGGUAUCAUGACGGGGAGGAGAUUCAGACCGGACCAAAUUACGACAUUUCAUUCAGCGACAACACCUGCGUGCUCAAAGUGCCCACACUGAAGCUGUCUGACUCUGGAGUUUAUAAAUGCAAAGCUGUCAACAAGGCGGGAUCCAGUGAGACCAUGGCCUCACUGGUGGUCAAAGAACCUCCAUCCUUCGUGGUCCCUCCUCAGCCUGUGGACGCCAUGCCCGGCUCUAACGUGACCUUCUCAGCCAUGGUGAAGGGCAGCGCCCCCCUUAGGCUGAAGUGGUUCAGAGGAACUAAGGAGAUUGUGGCUGGUCGGAGCUGUAACUUCUCUCUGAAGGAUAACCAGGUUCUUCUGGAGCUGUUUAACGUGGACCGCUCUCACGCUGGAGAGUACACGUGUCAGAUCAUCAACGAUGCAGGGAAGGAGAACUGCCCUGUUCUUCUCACUGUUAAAGAGCCUGCGGCGUUCUCUAAGAAGCUGAAGGACAUGUCGGUGGAAAAAGGCAAACCUCUAACACUCGAGUGCACAUACACAGGCACUCCUAAAAUCACAGUGAGCUGGUUUAAAGAUGGCCAGCAGAUCUUCGCCUCCUAUAAAUACAACAUCACCACCACAGAGAGCUCCUGUAUCCUGGAGUGUCUGAGCACUGACAACAAAGAGGCAGCAGGAAGAUACUCCUGCGAGGUCUCCAACGAUGCUGGACGGGACACAUGUGAGGCUGCUGUGUCCAUCCUUGAGCCACCAUACUUCGUGGAGUCCCUGGAGCCCAUGGAGGUAACGGCCGGAGAUGCCGUGUGCCUGAAGUGCCAGGUGGCGGGAACGCCAGAAAUCAAGGUGUCAUGGUUCAAAGCUGACGGUAAAGUCCGCUCCACACCCACCUGUAAGCUAGAGUACUCGAAGGGCGUGGCCUGUCUGAAACUCAGCAAGGCCACCAAGAGCGACAUCGGAGAGUACACCUGUAAGGCAGAGAACCGCAUAGGCUCCGCCUCCUCCACCUGCAGGCUCAACGUGCUGGAGGCUAAAACUCCUCCGUCCUUCCCUAAGAAGAUCACCAGCCUGCAGCAGACGCAGGGUCAGCCCGUCAGGUUUGAGUGCCGCGUUGCCGGCUCCUCGCCCAUCGAGGUGUCUUGGUUGAAAGAUGGCGAGCCUGUGAGAGAGGGAGAUGAGUUCUCCAUGACUUACGAUGACAACACGGCUGCGCUGCAGAUCAGCCAGGGAGAAAUGAGGCACUCUGGAGAGUACACGUGUGUCGCCACCAACAGCGUGGGCUCCGCCUCCUGCAGGGCCAAACUCACUCUGCAAGAACCACGAUACCCCCCAGUCUUUGACAGGAAGCUGGUAUCACAGGAAGUGACAGUGGGUGACAGCAUUGAGCUUGAGUGUCACAUGACUGGCUCUGCCCCUAUUAAAGUCACAUGGUCCAAAGAUCAUAAAGAUAUCCGCUCUGGGGGGAAUUACAGGAUGAGCUGUGUGGAUAACACGCCUCACCUGACCAUCCUGAAGGCAGAUAAAGGCGACACGGGCAGGUACUUCUGUCACAUUUCUAACGACAUGGGGAAGGACUCGUGUUCCUCUGACAUCACGGUCAAAGAGCGUAAAAACCCUCCCAUUUUCACUAAAAAGCCCUCAGAGAACAUCGAAGAUGUGGAGGGUAAACUGGUGAAGAUCGAGGGCCGCGUGUCGGGCUCUCAGCCCAUGUCAGUGAGCUGGUUCAAAGAGAACACGGAGAUCCACAGCUCCAACAAAUACGACGUCAGCUUUAAGAGUAACGUGGCCGUGCUGUGUAUUAGGAGCAGCCAGGUGGCUGACAGCGGCAGGUACUCCUGUCAGGCUUCAAACGAGGCGGGACGAGCCUCCUGUGACUUCAGCGUGGGGAUCUCAGAAGCAAAAAAGCCGCCGGUGUUCGAUGUCCCUCUCAAACCUCUGACCGUGGACGAGGGCGACAAGCUGAGUCUCAGAUGUCACGUCUGUGGCUCUCCUCCUCUGAAGAUCACAUGGAUGAAGGACAGGAAGGACUUGGCGUCUGGCGGCAGCACCAGGAUCAGCUUCUCUGAUGGGACAGCCUGUCUGGAAAUAAGCUCCGCCUCCAAACACGACGCUGGAGAUUACCUGUGCAAGGCCAGCAAUGAGGCUGGCAGCGAGUUCUGCAAAGCUAAAGUCACCAUCAAAGAAAAACCGGGAGCAGCUCCAGCUCCGGCUGAAGCUCCAGCUGCAGCUCCAGCCAAAAAACUCGACAACCUGUUCUUCAUCGAGCAGCCCAAAUCCCAGCACGUCACCGAGAAGGGCACCGCCACCUUCAUCGCCAAAGUGGGUGGAGAUCCGAUCCCCAGUGUGAAGUGGAUGAAGGGGAAGUGGAGGCAGAUCACCCACGGUGGCAGGAUUUCCAUGGAGCAGAAGGGCCAGGAGGCCAAACUGGAGAUCAGAGAGGUCACCAAGUCCGACUCGGGUCAGUACAGGUGCGUCGCCUCAAACAAGCACGGAGAGAUCGAAUGCAGCACUGACAUGCAUGUGGACGAGAAGAAAGAAGCGUCGAUGCUGGAGGGAGACCUCAGAGCCAAACUGAAGAAGACACCAUCGAAGCAGAAGAGUCCACAGGAGGAGAAGGACAUCGACAUCGUAGAGCUAUUGAGGAACGUGGACCCCAAAGAGUACGAGAAAUACGCCCGCAUGUACGGCAUCACGGACUACAGAGGCCUGCUGCAGGCCAUCGAGCAGCUGAAGAAGGAGAAGGCUGAAGAAAGUGGAAGACCGGAACUAGAACGUGGUGACAGAGAGUCUGAUGAGGACAUGGCCCGGCUGGUGGCCGACCUGCAGAAGAGGAUGGAGCGCACAGAGCCUGUCACUGUGGUGAAGGACAUCUCUGACCAGUCCGUCUUCACCAACAAAGAGGCUGUGUUUGAGUGUGAGGUCAAGAUUAACUACCCAGAGAUCACCCUGUCAUGGUACAAGGGAACACAGAAACUGGACAACAACGACAAAUACGACAUCAGCAUCAGUGGCGACCGCCACCUGCUCAGAAUCAAGAGGUGUCAGACAUCUGACCAGGGCAACUACCGGGUGGUCUGUGGGCCUCACAUCUCCAGCGCCAAGCUCACCGUCAUGGAGCCUGAGGUUGAGAAGCAUCUGCAGGACACAUCGGAAAUUGAAUUAGCAAUGGUGCCGUUUGAUAUCCCAGACUCCUCAGUUCAGAGGCCUGAAGUGCCUUCAUCAGUGGCAAUUCAAGAAUCUGCUGAGUUCUAUCAGUACGAAGAAGAGAUUGAACAGAGAGUGGAGUAUGAGAGCUGGACAGAAGAGACGGUAACACAACAGGUGUCCACGAUCAAAGCUGCCAGGGUCCCUGUUGAGGAGACAGUCGAGACGAAGAAAGUUGAAGUGAGGGAGGAAAUCCCAACCAAAGUUCCUAAAGAUGAGAAAAAGCCCAAAGAGAAGCCAACACCAGCUGUGAAGGAGCCGUCACCACCCAAAGUGCCAGAGGCCAAAAAGCCUGUGGAGGAAAAGGUUGCUGUAGUUUCAAUCCCAGAAAAGAAGGUUCCUCCUCCCAAAGAACCAGAGGAGGUUAAGAAGCCUGCUGCUCCCGCUCUGCCAGCUGAGAAGCCUGGAGUGCCAAAGAAAGAUGAGGCUAAGCCUCAGGUACCAGCUGAGCCCAAAAAAGUGGCGCCUGCCGCUAAGCCUGAGCCCGAACCUAAACCAAAACCUAAAGCAGAGCCUGAACUGAAGCCAGAGCCAAAGCCUAAACCUGCACCCGCUCCAAAAGCAGAACCUGAAGCCAAACCUGCAGCCAAGGUUGAGCCAAAGGCUGAAGAAAAACCAGUGCCAGUAAAGAAGCCCACAACACCCCCAUCCAAAGUCCCAGAAGAGGCUGAAAAACCCAGUCUGGCAAAGAUCAAGCCGCAACCAGUGGUAGCACUGCCAGAACCGGAAGCCCCAAAGGUGAAACCAGAACUGGAAAAACCAAGACCAGAAGUUCGGAAACCAGAGCCGCCAGUAAAGAAGCCAGAACCAAGUGUUGCUAAGCCUGAACCUCUAGCUCCAGAACCAGAACCUGCGGAGGUACCCAAACCAGAACCUGCAGUGAUACCCAAACCAGAACCUGCAGUGAAACCCAAACCAGAACCUGCAGUGAAACCCAAACCAGAGCCUGCAGUGAUACCCAAACCAGAACCUGCAGUAGUACCCAAACCAGAGCCUGCUGCGAUACCCAAACCAGAACCUGCUAAGUUACCCAAACCAGAACCUGCAAAGGUACCCAAACCAGAACCUGCAGCGGUACCCAAGCCAGAGCCUGCAGCAGUACCUAAGCCAGAGCCUGCAGCGGUACCUAAACCAGAACCUGCAUCGGUACCUAAACCAGAACCUGCAGUGAAAAAAGCUGAAGCUAAAGAACCAAAACCAGAACCUCCAAAGCCGAAAGCAGAGCUUAAACCAGAACCAAAGGAACCAAAGAGAAAAGCUCCAGUGGAGGAAAGAAUACCAGAACCUCCAAUAGAAGCCAAGAAACCAGAACCUGCUGUUAUUCCUCCAAAAGAAGAGCCGACAAAGAGAGAGAAAGUUCCUGCGAAGGAGAAGGAGCCGCCAACACAGGUCAAAGAAGCGCUGGCAAAGCCAGCUGCUCCACUUGAAGAGAGCAAACCUCCAGUGGCUGUAAAAGUUCAAGAAGCUGCCAAAAAGCCUGAGGAAGUCAAGAAGGUGGAGAAGAAAAUCACUCCACCAGAAGAAAGAAAGCCAGUUCUGAAGCCAGAGCCAGCCGUGAAGGCUGAAGAACCAACCAAGGUGGUUCCACCAGAAGAGAAACCAGCUGUGGUUGAAACGAAGCCUCCUGAGAAAGAUGAAACCAAGGGACCGGUCCAAGCACCAGGAGGAGUCAAGAAAGAGGGACAACCAGCAGAAGAAGCAGGAAGAGGCAGAGGUAGAGGGCUGAAACCUAAACAAACCCCGUCCCCUGGAGAAGGCAGGGGCAGGGGCUUGAGGCCUGGUGGAAAGGGCCCAUCACCCCCAGAGGAGCCCUUCGCAGGAUUCAAGCUCAAAGCUGUUCCUCUGAAGUUCAUUAAGAAGCUUCAGGACAUCGUGCUAAAGGAGGCCGAGUCUAUUGGCUCGUCUGCUGUCUUUGAGUGCGAGGUCUCUCCCUCUACUGCUGUCACUUCCUGGAUGAAAGAUGACAGUAAUCUUCGUGAGAGCCCCAAGCACAAAUUUACUUCUGAUGGAAAAGAUCGCAAGUUGCACAUUAUUGAUGUUCAGCUUUCAGACACUGGUGAAUACACUUGCAUAGCAAAGAAUGCUGGCAAGGAAGUACAGUGCACAGCUAAGCUCAUUGUUGAAGAGCUUCCUGUGAAAUGGCUCAAAGAGCUGGAGGAGGAGACUUCAGCUCUGAAGGGUCAGCCUCUGUACAUGACCUGUGAGUUGAACAAAGAGAGAGAUGUGGUAUGGAAAAAGGAUGGCGAGGUCCUGAAGAAGAAAGCCAACAAGGUUCAGAUCAAUAUUAUUGGUAUGCAGCAUGCUGUGACCAUCCAGAACUCCACUGAGGAGGACACUGGCAUCUAUACCUGCGAGGUGGCCGGCCAGGAGGACGUCAAGACUACAACAAAUGUCAAGAUCAUUGAAAUCAUUAAGGACUGGAUUGUGAAACCUCUGAGAGACCAGCAUGUGAAACCAAAGGCUACCGCCACAUUUAAAUGCGAGCUCUUCAAGGACACUCCCAACUGGAAGUGGCUUAAAGGAGAGAAUGAGAUCACUCCUUCUGACAAGGUGGAGAUCAAGAAGGAUGGAAAAGAGCUGACUCUCACCAUCAAGAACUGUCAGCCUGAGGAUGUUGCUCAGUAUGCCUUGGAGGUGGAAGGACGUGUCUACACUGCUAACCUAACACUUGGAGAGCGGGAGGCUGAAAUCCUGAAGCCCCUGGCCAGUGUUGAGAUAACUGAGAAGGAAGAUGCCAUGUUUGAGACAGAGAUCUCUGAGGAUGAUGUUCCAGGAGAAUGGAAGCUCAAAGGCGAGGUUUUGACCAGAUCUCCGACAUGUGAGAUCCAGAUGGAGGGUACCAAGCGUAAGCUCCACUUGAAAAACUGCCAGGUGGAUCAAGCUGGAGAAGUUUCCUAUCAGGCUCUGAACGCCAUAACCAGCGCAAUGCUCAGUGUCAAAGCCCGGGUCAUCACCCUGCAGAGGCCUCUGAAGGAUGUCACCGUGACUGCCGGAGAGACCGCCACCUUUGAAUGCGAGCUGUCGUAUGAAGACCUGCCUGUCGAGUGGUUCCUAGGGGGUACAAAGCUGGAACCGAGCGACAGAGUGGUGCUGAAGGCGGAGGGUAAAGUCUACAGCCUGACACUGCGAGAUGUCCAGCUGAAUGAGGCCGGACAAGUCAAACUUGGCGCCAAAGACUUCAACACAGAAGCUAACCUCAUCGUUAAAGAGCCACCGGUGGAGUUCACCAAGCCUCUGGAGGACCAGACGGUAGAGGAGGAGGCCACCGCCACGCUCGAGUGUGAAGUUUCCAGAGAGGAUGCAGAAGUACGAUGGUUCAAGGAUGACCAGGAGAUCAGAAAGACCAAAAAGUACGAGAUGAUCAUCGAAGGCCGCAAGAGAGCGCUGAUCAUCCACAGCUGUACCAUGGAGGACGCCAGGACGUACACCUGUGAUGCCAAAGACUUCAAAACGUCCUGUUUCCUCAACGUAGAACCUCCACGUAUCGAGUUCUCGAAGCCGCUCCACGAUGUCGAGGUCCGUGAGAAGGAAUCUGCCAGGUUUGAGUGUGAAGUCUCCAGAGAGGACGUCAAAGUCCGCUGGUUCAAGGAUGGAAGUGAAAUCAGAAAGGGAAAGAAGUAUGAAAUUAUCGCUCAAGGCCGCCAACACAUCCUCAUCAUCCACAAGUCAGUGUUCGAUGACGAGGCUGAAUACGAAUGUGACGCUAAGACCUCCAAAUCCUCCGGCAUGCUCACUGUCGUCGAGGAGGAGGCCAGGUUCACUAAGAACCUGUCCAACGUUGAAGGAACAGAGACGGACAGCGUGAAGCUGAUCUGUGAGGUGUCCAAACCCAGCGCUGAUGUCAGGUGGUACAAAGGAGACGAGGAGUUGCCGGAGGGCGGACGCUACGAGCACAUUGUGGACGGAAAGAGGAGGAUCCUGCUCAUCCAGGACCUGAAGCUGGCUGACGCCGGAGAGUACAACUGCAGGCUGAGUCCUACCAUCAAAACCUCUGGAAACCUCAAGAUUAACGAGCUCGCUGCCGAGUUCAUCUCCAGACCUCAGAACCAGGACGUGGUGGAGGGCGAGAAGGCGGAGUUUACCUGCUCUGUCUCCAAGGAUACCUACGAGGUGAAAUGGCUGAGAGACGGCACAGAGCUGGAGGCAGGAGACAAGUACCAGAUGGUCAGUGACGGAAAGAGACGGACCCUGGUCAUCAAGGACUGUGAGACCAAAGACGAAGGCGGAUACGUGGUGAUGAUUGGGGCGACCAGAGCCAGCGCCGACCUUACCGUGCGCGAGAAACUGAAGAUCAUCACUCCUCUGAAGGACACUGAGGCUAAAGAAGGCAGUGAGAUCGUCCUGAACUGUGAAGUGAACACAGAGGGAGCAAAGGCCAAGUGGCUGAAGAACGAGGAAACGAUGUUUGAGAGCAGCAAGUACCUGAUGGUUCAGAGAGACAACGUCUUCUCUCUGAGGAUCAAGGAUGCCCAGAAGGGAGACGAAGCCAACUACAGCAUCAACCUGACCAAUCAGAGAGGAGAGCAGGCCAAGAGCUCCUGCAAGCUCAGCGUGAAAGAGGAGAGUCUGAGGAUUGUUGUUCCUCUAGAGGACAUCGACACUCAGGAGAAGAAGACCGUCAGUUUCUCCUGUAAAGUCAACCGUCCCGGCGCCACGCUGAAGUGGAUGAAGGCGGGCCAGGAGAUCACCUUCAACAAACGCAUCGUGUACAGAGUGGACAAAGAGAAGCACACUCUGACCAUCAAAGACUGCACGCUGGCAGAUGAAGGCGAGUACACCGCCAUCGCCGGAGACAGCAAAUCCACCGCCGAGCUGAUCAUCAGCGAGGCACCUACAGACUUUUCCAUGCACCUGAAGGACCAGACCAUCACUGAAUUUGAGGACGCAGAGUUUACCUGCAAGCUGACCAAAGAGAAAGCCGAGGUUAAGUGGUACAGAAACGGACGUGAGAUCAGAGAAGGACCAAGAUAUAUCUUUGAAAAGGAUGGAAAUAUGUGCACCCUGCGUAUCAAAGAGUGCAGACCUGAUGAUGAGUGUGAGUAUGCCUGUGGAGUGGACGAGAAGAGAUCCAGAGCAAGGCUCUUUGUUGAAGAGACCCCGGUGGAGAUCAUCAGACCCCCACAGGACGUGUUUGAACCUCCAGGCUCGGACGUGGUGUUUGAAGUAGAGCUUAAUAAGGACAGAGUGGAGGUGAAAUGGUUGAGGAACAACAUGACCGUCGUCCAGGGAGACAAAUACCAGAUGAUGAGCGAGGGUAAAAUCCACAGACUGCAGGUCUGUGAGAUCAGACCUCGAGAUCAGGGAGAGUACAGAAUCAUCGCCAAGGACAAAGAUGCCAAGGCCAAGCUGGAGCUCGCAGCCGUGCCUCAGAUUAAGACCACAGACCAGACCUACAUCACAGACGCCAGGAAGCCCAUCACCAUGGCCGUCCCCUACAGCGCCUACCCACAGGCCGAGGCUGACUGGCUCUACAACAACCUGAGUCUGCCUAGAGACAACAUCCACACAUCCUCUGACCGCACAGAGUACCGUCUGAAGGACCCCAUGAAGGCCGAUGAGGGCCGCUACAGGGUCAUCAUCAAGAACAAACACGGAGAGGGAGAGGCCUUUAUCAACCUGGAGGUCAUCGAUGUCCCUGGACCCGUGAAGAACCUGCAGGUGGUUGACACCGCUGACGGCGAGGUCAGCCUAGCGUGGGAGGAGCCUGAGAGUGACGGCGGCAGCAAGGUCAUUGCCUAUGUGGUGGAGAGACGUGACAUUAAGCGUAAGACCUGGACGUUGGCCACCGAUCGUGCAGACAGCCCCGAGUACACAGUGACCGGCCUCCAGAAGGACUCCAUGUACCUGUUCAGAGUCUGUGCCAGAAACAGAGUCGGCAGUGGACCAAACGUGGAGACUGACAAACCAGUGCAGGCCAAGAACAAGUUUGACGUUCCUGAGGCGCCUCUGAAUGUCAUCAUUGGAGAUGUCAACAAGUUUGGCUGCACCGUCUCCUGGGAGCCUCCAGAGUCUGAUGGCGGCUCUCCCAUCACCUCCUACAUCAUCGAGCUGCGUGACAGGACAUCUGUGAAGUGGUCGCCUGUCCAGGUGACCAAAGCCGACGAGCUCAGUGCCAUCGUCAACGACGUCAUUGAGAACAAAGAGUACAUCUUCAGAGUCAAAGCCCAGAACAAGGCCGGUGUGGGCAAACCCAGCGCUGCUUCACAACCUGUUAAGAUCAUGGAUCCCAUCGAGCCUCCCAGUCCUCCUCUCAAUCUGACCUGGCAGGAUCAGAACAAGAACUCAGUCCAGCUCACCUGGGAGACUCCUCUGAGGAACGGUGGCAGCAUGAUCACCGGGUACAUCGUGGAGCGCUGUGAGGACGGCAGCGACAAGUGGCUGCGCUGCAACGCCCGCCUCUGCCCAGACCUCUUCUACAAGGUGACUGGACUGAAAUAUGGAACCAAGUACAACUACAGAGUGUUCGCUGAAAACGCCGCUGGACUCUCUGGACCGUCAAACACCAUCGGACCUCUGCUGGCCGACGACCCACACUUUGCUCCGACCUUCGACCUGAGUGCUUUCAAGGACGGCCUGGAGGUGAUCGUUCCCCAGCCUCUCACCAUCAGAGUCCCCAUCACCGGGUACCCGACCCCCACGGCUAAGUGGAUGUUUGGAGAGAAGGAGAUGACCACCGCUGACGAGCGUGUCAGCCUGAUGACCAAAUCUACGUUCGUAGAGAUGGUCGUCCAGCCGAGCGUCCGCCCAGACCGCGGCACGUACAGCCUGACACUGGAGAAUGACGUCACGUCUGUCUCUGGAGACAUCGAUGUCAACGUCAUUGCUGCACCCAGCGCUCCUAAGGACUUUAAGGUCCUGGAGGUGACCCGACAGCACGUCCAUCUGACCUGGGAGACUCCUGAUCACGACGGAGGAAGUCCUCUGACCGGCUACCAGGUGGAGAAACGCGACGUGUCCCGCAAGACCUGGGUCAAGGUGGUCACAGGUAUCCAGGAUCAGGAGUUCACCGUCACUGAUGUGGUUGAAGGAAAAGAGUAUCUGUUCAGAGUCACUGCCUGCAACAAAUGCGGACCAGGAGAGCCGGCCUACAUCGACGAGCCGGUCAACGUCUCCUCUCCUGCCACUGUCCCCGAUCCUCCAGAGAACCUGAGGUGGAGAGACAAAUCAGCCAGCGGCAUUUUCCUGACCUGGGAGCCUCCAAGGUACGACGGUGGAACCGGCAUCAGGGGAUACAAUGUGGAGCGCUGCCAGAGAGGAACCGAUAAGUGGGAGCCUUGUGGAGACAUGGUGCCUGAGCUGAAGUGCCAGGUGACCGGCCUCAUUGAGGGCCAGUGGUACGCAUACAGAGUCCGAGCCCUGAACCGCCUAGGAGCCAGCAGACCCUGCAAGGCCACCGACGAGAUCCAGGCCGUGGAUCCUAAAGAGGCUCCAGAGAUCCAGCUGGACGCCAAGCUGCUGGCUGGUCUGACCGCCAAAGCUGGCAGCAAGAUUGAACUCCCCGCCGAGGUGAAGGGUAAACCCGAGCCCCGCAUCAAAUGGACCAAAGCCGACCUGGUCCUGAAACCAGAUGACAGAGUUUCAAUCGACACCAAGCCAGGUUCCUCUACUGUCACAAUCGCCAAGACCAAGAGAGACGACAGUUCCACCUACAUCAUUGAGGCCACCAACACCUGCGGCCGUGCCACUGCCACCGUUGACGUCAACAUCCUUGACAAGCCUGGUCCUCCGGCUGCUUUCGACAUCUCUGAGAUCACCAACGAGUCCUGCUUCCUGGCCUGGAACCCUCCACGUGAUGAUGGCGGCUCAAAGGUCACUAACUACAUCGUGGAGCGGAGAGCAGCUGACAGUGAGAUCUGGCACCGCCUGUCCUCCACGGUUAAACUGACCACAUACAGAGCCGUGGGCCUGGUCAAGUUCAAGGAGUACGUCUUCAGAGUCUUUGCUGAGAACCAGUUUGGUGUUGGCCCACCGUCUGAACACCCCUCCAUCAUCGCCAGAUACCCCUUCGACACUCCUGGAGCUCCUUACAAGCUGGAGCCUUCAGACAUCGCCAAAGACUCCCUGACCCUGUCCUGGUACGAGCCUGAUGAGGACGGAGGAAGUCCUAUCACUGGCUACUGGGUGGAGAGAUACGAACCUGACCACGACAAGUGGAUCAGAUGCAACAAGCUGCCAAUCAAAGACACCAACUACAGAGUCAAAGGACUUCCCACCAGGAAGAAGUACAAGUUCAGAGUGCUGGCUGAGAAUCUGGCUGGAACUGGAAAACCAAGCAAGGAGACAGACCCGAUCCUUGUCAAGGAUCCCAUCGAUCCUCCAUGGCCUCCUGGUAAACCCACGGUAAAGGACGUGGCCAAGACUUCCUGCUUCCUUAUGUGGACCAAACCAGAACAUGACGGCGGGGCCAAGAUCGACGGCUACAUCAUUGAGAUGCUGAAGAGCGGAACCAUGGACUGGAUCCGUGUGGUUGAUAACGUCACUAUCCUGGAGCACUUCCUAAAGGGUCUGAUGGAGAAGCAGGAGUACUCGUUCAGAGUGAGAGCGGUCAACGUGGCCGGGGAGAGCGAACCCAGCGAGCCCAGUGACCCGGUCCUCUGCAAAGAGAGACUCAAUCCUCCUUCUGCUCCUCGCUGGUUGGACGUGGUCAACAUCUGCAGGAACAGCGCCGAUCUGAAAUGGACGGCCCCUGAACGUGACGGUGGCUCUAAGAUCACAAACUAUGUGGUGGAGAAGCGUGAUGUCAGGCGUAAAGGCUGGCAGGCGGUUGACACCACAGUGAAGGAGCUGAAAUACACCGUGACACCUCUCAACGAAGGCUCGCUCUACGUGUUCCGCGUCGCUGCUGAGAACGCCGUGGGUGUCGGCCCAUUCUGCGAGCUGCCCGACUCUGUGCUGGCUAAGGACACUUUCACCACUCCUGGACCGCCGUAUGCUCUUACUGUCAACGCUGUGACCCAGAGAUACGUGGACCUGCAGUGGGAGGCUCCUCAGAACGACGGCGGUAGACCCAUCCUCAAGUAUUGCAUUGAGAAGAAGGAGAAGCUGGGAACUCGUUGGACUAAAUGUGGAAAGACUUCUGGUCCAGACUGUAAGUACAGAGUGACAGAUGUCAUCGAGGGAACUGAAGUCCAGUUCCAGGUCUGCGCUGAGAACGAGGCCGGCAUCGGUCACCCAAGUGAACCUACCGAGAUUUUGACUAUUGAAGACCCCACAGGCGUCCCAUCGCCCCCCAUUGAGCUGCACAUUACUGGAGCAAGCCGGGACUUCCUGUCCAUCGCCUGGAAGCCUCCACAGAGGGACGGUGGUUGUCCAAUCACUGGCUACCACAUUGAGAUGUGUGAGGCCGGCACAGAGAAGUGGAUGAGGGUCAACUCCCGCCCUGUAAAGGAGUUGAAGUACCGCGUGGAGGAGGGCGUGAUCCCUGAGAAGGAGUACAUCCUGAGAGUGAGGGCCAUCAAUUCUGCCGGAGUCAGCGAGCCCUCCGACAUCUCUGAGAAUGUCUUCGCCAAAGAAUCUGACUGUAACCCGACCCUGGAGUUCCAGACUCUGGACCUGGUCGUAGUGGAAACGGAGAAGAUGCACAUCCCAGUCCCCUUCAGAGCCGUCCCUUCACCCAAAAUCACCUGGCACAAAGAUGGCAAGGAGCUGAAGGCCGAUGAACGCCUCGCCUUCAGGAAGGAGUACACAUCCUGUCACCUGGAGGUAGACAGCAGUGUCCACGCCGAUGCAGGACAGUACAAAGUCACUCUGGAGAACAAACUGGGAUCUGCCAGCGCUACCAUCAACGUCAAAGUCAUCGGUCUGCCUGGCCCCUGUAAGGAGAUUGUGGCAUCUGACAUCACAAAGAACUCCUGUAAAGUUACCUGGGAUCCUCCAGACUACGACGGAGGCAGCCCCAUCGUUCACUACGUCCUGCAGCGCCGUGAGGCUGGCAGGAGGACCUACGUCAACAUGAUGUCUGGAGAGAACAAGGUAAGCUGGACUGUCAAAGACCUGAUCCCCAACGGAGAGUACUACUUCAGAGUUCAGGCCGUCAACAAGAUCGGAGGGGGAGAGUUCAUCGAGCUCCGCAACCCGGUCAUCGCUGAGGACCAGAAACACGCUCCUGAUCCUCCAGUGGACGUGGAGACCCACAACCCGACCUCCAGCACCAUCACGCUGACCUGGAAGCCCCCGAUGUAUGACGGCGGCUCAAAGAUUAUGGGCUAUGUCCUGGAGAAGCAGCAGAAGGGCGAGGACAAGUGGGAGAGGUGCAACGACUUCCUGGUUCCUGUCCUGUCCUACACCGUCAGAGGACUGACAGAAGGAAAGAACUACGCCUUCAGAGUCAAAGCCGAGAACGCCGCUGGGCUCAGCGAGCCAUCACGCAGCACGCUUUACGUCAAGGCCUCCGACGCCGUCGAUCCUCCUAAAGUUUUCCUGAGUGGCAGCCUUCAGUCCGGCCUCAGCGUGAAGCGAGGCUGUGAGAUCUGCCUGGACGCCAACAUCUCCGGCUCACCGUACCCCGAGAUCACCUGGUACUGGAACAACCAGGUGAUCCGCCCCGAGCCGCUCCGCAAGAGGCCUGACAGACCCCUGAAGAAGAAGGUGGAGAAGAAGGAGGAGGAAAAGAAGAAGGAGGAGGAGAAGAAACCUGAAGAGGGAGCAGCUGAGAAGAAGGAGGAGAAGAAGGAGGGCGAGGAGAAGAAGCCAGAGGAGGAGAAGAAGAAGGAAGAGGAGGCAGCAGAGCCCGAGGUGGAGGAGUUCGACUACCCGACCAUCAAUGAGCGUCUGACCAUCAACAACAGCCGCAGGGGCGUGUCCUCUAUCAUCAUCAAAGACUCGUACCGCGCCGACCACGGCGUCUACAUGGUGAAGGUGGAGAAUGACAACGGCAUCGCCUCAGCAACCUGUGAGGUCAACGUUCUUGAUACUCCAGGGCCUCCGGUCAACUUCAAGUUUGAGGAGGUCAGGAAGAACUCUGUGAUCUGUAAGUGGGAUCCUCCUCUGGACGACGGUGGCAGUGAGAUCCUGAACUACUCUCUGGAGAAGAAGGACAACUCCAAGCUGGAGAUCGGCUGGAGCAGCGUCACGUCCACGCUGAGAGGGUGUCGCUACCUGGUGCCCAAACUCAUCGAGAAGAAGGAGUACAUCUUCAGAGUUCAGGCUGAGAACAAGUUUGGAGCUGGCCCUCACUGCGUCUCCAAACCGCUUAUAGCCAAGAACCCGUUCGAGCCGCCUGAGGCUCCAGAUAAGCCACAGAUCGAUGACAUGACAGCACACAGCAUGCUGGUCACCUGGAAUGAGCCCAACGACAACGGCAGCCCCAUCGUAGGAUACUGGGUGGAGCGCCGCGAGAUCAACAGCUCUCACUGGACAAGAGUCAACCGAAACAUCAUCACAGACACCGAGCUGAACGUUGAGGGUCUCCUGGAGGGUCUGACUUACAUCUUCAGGGUUGCUGCUGAAAACCAGGCCGGCCCUGGAAAGUUCAGUGUCCCAUCAGAACCCAAGACCGCCCAGGCUCCGAUCCUACCUCCUGGACCACCAAUCGCCCGAGUUGCAUCAACAACCGAUCACUCCAUCGAGGUGGAGUGGGACCCUCCGGUGGAUAACGGUGGAGGAGAGAUCCUGGGAUACCAUGUGGAUAAGGCCAUGGCUGGUACCAAGGACUGGUCCAGGUCUACGGAGCGUCCAUGGAAGACCAGAACCUUCACUGUCUACGGAGUCCGUGAAGGAGCCAAGUACCUGGUCAGAGUCAUCGCCUGCAACGCUGCAGGAGAGGGAACCCCAGGAUUCACGGAGUCCGUGUUUGUCAGAAAUCCUGCAGAGAUACCAGUGAUCUAUAUGGACCUGGCCAUCAAGAACGGCGUGAUCAUCAGAGCCGGAGAAACUCUACGUGUACCUGCCACAGUCACAGGUAAACCCUACCCAUCUAUCACCUGGACUAAAGACGACGGCAAACCCGACAAAGACACCGUGGAGAUCCUCACUGAGGGCGACGACAGCGUUGUUCAGAUCAAGAACGUUCAGAGGAAAGACUGUGGCAAAUACCAGAUCUCUGCCUGCAACCCGAGCGGCACCAAGGCAGCAUGGACCCGAGUGGAGGUCAUGGACGUCCCUGGACCUGUCACCGACCUUAAGCCAGUCGUUGUCACUCGUAAGAUGAUCUUCCUGAACUGGGACGACCCCGAAGACGACGGAGGCAGCGACCUGACCGGCUUCAUCGUGGAGCGCAGAGACGCUAAGAUGCACACAUGGAGGCAGCCCGUGGAAACCGCCUCCUCCAAGUGUGAAUGUGUGGGCAUCAUGGAGGGACAGGAGUACAUGUUCCGUGUCAUCGCUAAGAACAAGUAUGGCAUGGGCCCGCCUGUUGAGCUGGGACCCAUCAAGGCUGUGGACCCCCAGGGCCCACCCUCCAAUCCCGAGAAGUUCCACUACACCGAGCGCACAAAGAACUCUAUCACACUGACCUGGAGGCCUCCUCGUAACGACGGCGGCAGCCCCGUCAUCGGAUACUUUGUUGAGAAGAAGAGACAGGACCAGCAGGCCUUCGAGCCCUGCAACACUGAGAUCUGCCCCGACAUGACCAUGACUGUGGAGGGCCUGGAGGAGGACUGGAUGUAUGAGUUCAGGAUUAAAUGUGCCAACCUCCUGGGAGAGAGCGAGCCUUCCAUCCCGCUGACCGUGGUCAUCAUGGAUGAUGAAGUGGCUCCUGAGGUCCACAUGCUGAAGCACUUUAAGGGCGACCUCAUCACCGUGAGGAAGGGCGAGACCGUUGAGAUCCCUGCCGACAUCCUGGGUCUCCCCAUCCCGAAGAUCGAGUGGACCAAGGACGAUGUGGUGAUCGAUAAACCCACCGAGGCUCUGCUGUUGGAGACGGUGGUGACCGGCAGGAUGAACGCCAAGACUACUCUCACCAUCCCCGCUGUCAACAGAAGGGACCGUGGCAGCUACACCGUGUCGGCCUCCAACAACAUGGGCUCAGCCAAGCACACCACCACCAUCAUGGUGCUUGACCGCCCAACUCCCCCCAGGAACAUUUCAGUGUCCAACAUCAGAGCAGAGUCCUGCUACCUGCACUGGGAUGCACCACUGGAUAACGGAGGCAGCGAGCUGACCAACUACAUCGUGGAGAAGAAGGAAGUGAUGAAGGAGGAGCCAGAGCUGGAGGAGGGACAGGAAGCUCCCCCUGAGCCCCAGUGGGAGGAAGUCACCAACAGCAUAGUUGAGAAGAAAUAUGGGGUCUGGAACCUGGACACCAACAAGACCUACAUGUUCAGGGUGAAAGCAGAGAACCGUUACGGAAAAUCUGACCCCUGCACAACAGAAGAGGUCCAGAUUGUCGAUCCAUUCGGCCUCCCAGGCCCACCAGAGAAACCAACCAUCGCCGAGUACUGCAAGACCUCCAUGACUCUGACCUGGGAGCCUCCCAGAGAGACCGGUGGCUCCAUGAUCAUCGGAUACUGGCUGGAGAAGAGGGAGAAGGGAACCGCCUACUGGGCCAAAGUCAACAAGAUGCCUGUCACCAAGAGGGGCAUGAAAGGAUGGGAGUACCAGGUGACUCGUCUGAUUGAAGGAACAGAGUACGAGUUCAGGGUCGCUGCCUCCAAUUCUGCAGGAACCGGACCAUUCAGUGGACCUUCAGACUCCGCCUUCGCUGUCGAUCCAAUCACUCCUCCCAGCAUGCCUGCUGCCCCGGUGGUUGCUGAUAAGACGAACCAUAAUGUGACGCUGGCCUGGGAGCCCCCAGAGAAAGAUGGAGGCAGUCCCAUUAAAGGCUACAUCAUCCAGAUCCAGGACGAGGGCUCAUCUGUGUGGGUGAGGGUGAACGACCCCGACACGCUCCACCCCGACACAGAGUUCACUGUGCCGAGCCUCCGCGCUCUAAAACGCUAUCGCUUCAGGAUCAUUGCCGUCAACGAUGUUGGCGAGUCCGACCCCAGCCCCCGCACCAGCGAGGUUCUGAUCGAGGACAUCCAGCUUCCUCCUGCCAUCAGCAUCGACAUCAUGGCCGAUGACCUGCUCUGCAUCCGUGCUGGAGAUCCAUUCAAGAUCCCCGCCACCAUCAAGGGUCGCCCUGCUCCCAAGGUAACCUGGGACUUUUACGGCAAAGCCAAGACGCAUAAGAAGAACAAGCUGCACACACUGCCGGUGGACUCUGAGGUGGAGUCUACAGACACCUCUUCUGUUGUGACCAUCCCCGUCGCUCUGAGGACCCACUCUGGACGUUACACCAUCACCGCCAAGAACAAGUCUGGACAGAAACACGUCAACGUCAGAGUCAUUGUCCUUGACGUCCCCGGCCCUCCAAAGGAGCUUAAAGUCACCGACAUCACCCGUGCGACCAUGAGGCUGAUCUGGAAACUCCCCGACACUGACGGAGGAGAGAGAAUCAAGAGCUACUUUAUCGAGAAGAAAUGCAUCACUGACAAAGCCUGGACCAAGGUGAAUGCCGCCUGUGCCAGCCAGGCUUACGUGGUUCCCGGCCUCCUGGAGGGCCAGGAUUACCUGUUCAGAGUCCGAGCUGAGAACAGACUCGGAUUUGGGCCAUUCACUGUCACCACUGACCCCAUUCGUGCCAGAGACCCCAUCUACCCCCCCGACCCCCCCACCAAGGUGAAGGUCAACCUGGUGACGAAGAACACCGUCACCCUGAGCUGGGAGGCUCCCAAAAACAACGGUGGCUCUCCGGUGAAGCAUUACAUCAUCGAGCGUUUGAGCUGGGACACCAGCGGCAAAGAGAAGGAGACGUGGAAGCAGUGCAACAAGAGAGACGUGGAGGAGCUCACCUUCGUGGUUGAGGACCUGAAGGAGGGAGGAGAAUAUGAGUUCAGAGUUAAAGCCGUAAAUGCUGCUGGACCCAGCAGACCCUCUGGAACCGCCGGACCCCUGAUCAUCAAGGAUCAGACAUGCGCUCCUACCAUUGAGCUGCGUGAGGCCAUGGAGGGCGAGGAGGGCUGUGAUGUCAGCAUUGUGGCAAAGGUUAGCGGCUGUCCUUUCCCCACGCUCACCUGGAAGAAGGCCAGCAUUGCCAAACCUGACGAGAAGGCUGCCGUCCAGUACGACCAGCACAUGAACAAACUAGUGACCCAUGACAAGUGCACGCUACUAAUCACACAGGCCAGCCGCCACGACAGCGCCAUCUACAGCCUGACCGCCAGCAACAGCCUGGGCACCGUCUCCAAGGACAUCAAGCUGGCCGUGCUCGGACCUCCUGGCCCUCCUGUUGGACCAGUCAAGCUCACUGAGGUGUUUGCAGACAGAAUUGGUCUGGCAUGGAACCCUCCUAAAGAUGAUGGUGGAUCGAAGAUCACAAACUACGUGGUUGAGAAGCGUGAGGACAACAGGAAGUCCUGGGUACACGUCUCCAACGACCCCAAAGAAUGUGCCUAUGUGGUAACCCGUCUGACCGAGAACCACGAGUACGAGUUUAGAGUCAUGGCCCAGAACAAGUUUGGAGUCGGUCCUGGGAUCACCAGCGAGUCAGUGAAGGCCAGAAACCUCUUCACCGUCCCUGGUCAGUGUGAGAAACCGACUGUCACUGAAGUCUGCCUGGAGUCCAUGACCGUCAACUGGGAGGAGCCAAAGUAUGACGGCGGCUCAGAAAUCACCGGCUACAUCCUGGAGAAGAAGGAGACCACUGCCAAACGCUGGGCCCGCGUCACUAAGAACCCCAUCAGGGCGCUGCCAAUCGGCAACAACUGGGAUGUCACCGGGCUUCUGGAGGGCGCCACGUACCACUUCAGGGUCAGCGCUGUUAACGCAGCCGGCCCUGGACUGCCCAGCCCACCAACUGACCCUGUGGUCUGCAGAGACCCCAUCAAGCCUCCUGGUCCCCCCACUCCAAAGGUGACAGACUGGACAAAGUCCACGGUGGAGCUGGAAUGGAUCCCUCCUGUGAUCGACGGUGGGUCAAAGGUCACAGGCUACAUUGUGGAGUUUAAGGAGGUGAACAAAGAGGAAGAGGAGAAGAAGGCUCAGAGGAAGCUGCUGCUGAGUGCUGAGGAGGAGAAGGAGCCUGAAGGAGACGAAGGCUGGGAGAAGGCCAAGGACACCGAGGUCAGAGGAACCAAGUUUGUGGUUGCUGGUCUGAAGGAGGGUGUUCUUUACCGCUUCAGAGUCCGCGCCGUGAAUGUAGCCGGAGUUGGAGAACCCGGACAUGUGUCUGAGCUGAUCGAAACCAAAGACAGAACAAUUCCUCCUGAGAUGGACCUGGACGCUUCAGUGAAGGAAAAGAUCGUGGUUCAUGCUGGUGGAACCAUCCGCAUCAUCGCCUACGUCUCCGGUAAACCUGCCCCUACCAUUUCCUGGUGCCGUGACGAUGCCGAGGUGCCCAAAGAGGCUGUGGUGGAGACCACAGGAAUCUCCAACUCUCUGAUCAUCAAGAACUGCAGACGUCAACACCAGGGAAUCUACACCCUGAGCGCCAAGAACGAGGGAGGAGAGAGGAAGAAGGCCGUCAUCGUGGAAGUGCUUGACGUACCUGGACCCGUUGGUCUUCCGUUCGCUGGUGAGAAUCUGACCAACGACUCCUGCAAGCUGACCUGGUACUCCCCUGAAGACGACGGCGGCUCGGCCAUUACUAAUUACAUCAUUGAGAAGAGGGAGUCGGACCGCAUGGGCUGGACGUCCGUGUCCUACACGGUGACCAGGAACAAUGCCGUGGUGCAGGGACUUCUGGACGGGAAGGGCUACUUCUUCAGGAUCGCAGCAGAGAACAUCAUCGGCAUGGGACCGUUCAUUGAGAUCGACAAGAUGGUUCUCAUUAAGGACCCGAUCUCCGUCCCCGAGCGUCCAGAGGACCUGAUCAUCACUGCUGUUACCAAAGACUCCAUCUCUGUCGCCUGGAGACCACCCAAGUACGACGGCGGCGCCGAGGUGACAGCUUAUGUCCUCGAGUCUCGUAUGGUCGGACGUGAUAGCUUUACACGCAUCGGUGGAGAGGACAAGCUGAUGGACAGGAAGUUCACUCUGACGGGUCUGAAGGACGGAUCGAGCCAUGAGUUCAGAGUCUCCGCCGUCAACCAGGUCGGACAAGGAAAACCGUCCUUCGCCACUAAACCGGUGCAGUGCAAGGACGAGCUCGAACCUCCCAUGCUGGACCUGGACUUCAGGGACAAGAUGAUGGUAAAGGUGGGAGACGCCUGCACUCUGUCAGGACGCUACGGCGGCAAACCGGCCCCGACUAUUGCCUGGACGAAGAAUGACGAAGAGCUGAAGGCUGACGAGGAGAUCAGCCUCCACAGCACCGUCCGCCACCUCAGCCUGAACAUCAGCAAGGCCAAGAGAGACCACAGCGGUCGCUACUGCGUCAGCGUGGAGAACGCCGCUGGGACACGGACAGGCAUUUGCACCAUCACCGUGGUCGACCGUCCUCAGCCUCCAGAGGGCCCAGUUGUCUUCAACGAGGUCUACAGGAACUACAUGGUGAUCUCCUGGAACCCUCCUCUGGAUGACGGAGGCUGUGCCGUCUCCAACUACAUCAUCGAGAAGAGAGACACCAACAGCGACCUGUGGAUGCCCGUCACAGAGUCCUGCACCAGGACCAGCUGCAGGGUCCCUAAACUGAUCGAGGGUCGUGAAUACAUCGUCAGGAUCAUGGCUCAAAACAUUUACGGAAUCAGUGACCCUCUGCUGUCUGCUGAGACCAAGGCCAGAGACAUCUUCAAGGUGCCUGACGCUCCCAAACAGCCCACGGUGAAGGAGGUCUACCAUGACUCCGCUCUGAUCAGCUGGGAGCCUCCUGCUGAUGGAGGAAAACCCAUCACAGGCUAUAUCGUGGAGAGGAAGGAGACCAUGGCCAACAGGUGGGUCCGCUGCAACACAGAGAGAAUCUAUCCAAAGGUGGAGUACUGGGUGACAGAGCUGCUGCAGGGCUGCGAGUACGAGUUCAGAGUCAGUGCAGAGAAUGUGGUGGGAGCUGGAGACCCCAGUCCCCCAUCCAAACCUGUCUUCGCCAAAGAUCCUAUUGUCAAACCCGGUCCACCGGUUAACGUGGAGGCCAUCGAUUUCUCCAAGGACUCAGUCACGCUGUCCUGGCGGCCGCCCACCGACACCGGCAGAGGAAAGAUCUUUGGAUACCUGCUGGAGUUCCAGAAAGCUGGAGAGGAGGAGUGGAACAAGGUGAACCAGACUCCAGACUCCUGCCAGGAGACAAAGUACAAGGUGAUCAACCUGGCUGAUGGCACUCUGUACCGCUUCAGAGUCAUGGCUGUCAAUGCUGCCGGAGAGUCUGACCCAACUGAACUGAAAGAGCCAAUCAGAGUCCAGGACAGACUGGAGCCCCCAGAGCUGAUCCUCGAUGCUGCAAUGACCAGAGAGGUCAAGGCUAUGGCCGGCACUCAUAUCACUCUGAUGGCCACCAUUAAAGGCGCCCCCUUCCCUACUGUUACCUGGAAGAAGAACGAGGCAGACGUGCCCACCAGGGCUGACAUUGAGACAAACCAGACCGGCACCAAGCUGGAGAUGAGGUUCUGUAACCGUGGUGACUGUGGAGACUAUACCCUCACUGUGGAGAACCCAGCUGGAUCAAAGACCGCCACCUGCACUGUGCUGGUUCUUGACAAACCUGGUCCCAUUCAGCACCUCCGGGUGUCUGACGUCAGAAGUGACUCUGCCUACCUGUCCUGGAAGGACCCAGAGGACAACGGUGGUACUCGCAUCACCAACUUUGUGGUGGAGAAGAAGGACACGGCGUCUACUCAGUGGGUCCCUGUCUGUUCCACAUCCAAGAAAAGAAGCAUGAUGCUGAAGCAUCUGAUGGAGGGCACGUCCUACUCCUUCAGAGUGGCUGCUGAGAAUCAGUAUGGCCGCAGUGAAUAUGUGGAGACGCCAAAGGCCAUCAAGGCCAUGAACCCACUCUUCCCUCCUGGUCCUCCCAAAGACCUGCACCACACUGACGUGGACAAGACUGAGGUGUGGUUGGUUUGGAACUGGCCUGACCGCAACGGAGGAAGCAAUAUCACAGGCUUCCUGGUGGAGUACCAGGAAGAGGGAGAGAAGGAAUGGGAUGAGUGGAAAACUGUUAGCAUUCCUGAAACUCACGUGACUGGUCUAGAGGAAGGAAAGACUUAUCGCUUUAGAGUGAGGGCUGAGAAUGCUAUUGGCCUCAGCAGACCUGACACCACUGUGCCCAUCCUCUGCCAGGAGAAACUGGUUGCACCAAUCCUGGAGGUUGACGCCAAGCUCAUUGAGGGCAUCAUUGUGAAGGCUGGCACCACCAUCAGGCUGCCAGCUAUCAUGAGGGGAAUCCCUGUUCCCACUGCCAAGUGGACCAUUGAAGGAGAGGAGAUCAAGAGCGAGGGUAACACCAAGAUUGACACUGACAACUUCUCCACUGUGCUUAGCAUUAAUGAGUGCACCAGGAACCACACCGGCACCUACCUGCUCACUGUGUCCAACCCUGCUGGAACCAAGACAGUGGGCCUGAACGUCACAGUCCUUGAUGUUCCUGCUGCUCCCAUUGGACCGGUCAACAUCUUGGAGGUCUCUCCAGACUCCAUGAUGAUUGAAUGGCGUCCUCCAAAGGAUGACGGUGGUAGCCCUGUCACCAACUACAUCAUUGAGAAGAGGGAGUCCAACAAGGAGACCUGGGGAGGUGUAAGCUCAGGUGGCCUUGCCACUCAGCUCAACAUCACCCGCCUGCAGAAGGGAGUCGAGUAUGUGGUUCGUAUUCGUGCUGAGAACAAGAUGGGCAUUGGUGCUCCUCUGGAGAGCAAACCUACAGUUGCUGAGCACUCCUUCAUGCCACCAAGUGCCCCUGGAAAGCCACAAACCUCUGAUGUCUCAGAAGAUGCUGUGACACUUGGCUGGACCAUGCCACUAACCGAUGGUGGCAGCCAGAUCACUGGAUACAUCAUUGAGCGCAGACACAAGGGAGGAAAAUGGAUCCGUGUCAACAAAAUACCCUGCAGGGACCUGAGGUACAGGGUCCUGGGUCUAUUUGAGGGCAAUGAGUAUGAGUUCAGAGUGUUUGCUGAGAAUAUUGCUGGAUACAGUGGUCCCUCUCCCAUCUCUGACCCCUGCAAGCCCUGCAGGCCUGUCACUGUCCCUAGCCAUCCUAUCAAUCCCAGAGUUAAGGACUACAGCAAGACUACUGCUGACCUGGUUUGGAUGAAACCCUCUAGAGAUGGAGGCAGCCCCAUCCUGGGCUACACAGUGGAAAUGAAGAAGGCAGAUACUGAAGAAUGGAAAAAAGUGAACCUGGAUGAUUUUGUGAAGCAGUGUGCAUACAGAGUGAAGGGUCUGGAGGAGGGUGUGACCUACAGAUUCAGAGUCUAUGCCUCAAACAUGAUUGGCGAUGGUGAGAAAAGAGAAAUCCCAGAAUCCAUCACUGCACAGGAUAUUCUCAUCCCACCAGAGAUUGAGAUGGAUGCCACCUGCCGUGAGCGUGUCACUGUGCGUGUUGGACACAAUGUCAACAUCGUUGGCUUCAUCAGGGCCCGUCCUGACCCUGAAGUUAUUUGGUCUAAAGAAGAGACCGUUCUGGAGAGCAACAAGCGUGUCACCAUGGUUCAGAACCUGCCUAUGGUGCACCUGAAAAUCAAGGAGGCCACUAGAGCUGACCAUGGAAAAUACACUCUGAAGGCAUCAAAUGAGGGCGGCGAGGCCUCUUGCACCAUCACAGUCAACGUGCUGGACAGACCUAGCCACUGCCAGAACCUGCAUAUCACCUAUGCCACCAGGGACUCAUGCAUGAUCAACUGGGAGGCCCCCAAGGACAAUGGCGGAUCAGAGAUCACCAACUACAUCGUGGAGUGCCGUGAGCCAAGCAUUAGCAUGUGGUCUAUGAUCUCCUCAAACUGCACCAAUCGUAAGAUCAAAGCCAAGCUAAUGGAUGGCCAUGAGUACCUGUUUAGGGUCUGUGCUGAGAACAAGAUGGGACCAGGACCCUGCGUGGAGACCAAAACUCCCCUGCUGGCCAUUGACCCCAUUGAGAAGCCUGGUGAGCCUGAGAACUUCAGAGCAACUGACAUUGGUAAGAACCACGUGCAUCUCAGAUGGAGGAGGCCUGAUUAUGAUGGCGGCAGCCCUAACCUCUCAUAUAACUUGGAGUGCAAAGCCAAGGAUGCUGAGGAGUGGGUGAAACUCAAUGCUGGUACUCUUACUGACACCUUCUUCCUGGCUGACAAGUGCCAAGAGAACCAGACGUACACUUUCAGGGUGCAGACCGUCAAUGAAGGCGGUGAGAGUGCUUGGGUGAAACUUGCUGAUAUCCUGGUGAAGGAGGAGAUCCAGAAACCUGUCCUUGACCUGAAAGUGUCUGGAACUGUCACUGUGAUGGCUGGAGAGUCUGUCCGGAUGGAGGCUGGUCUGAGAGGAAAACCUCAGCCUGAGGUGAAAUGGGUAAAAGAUAAAGCUGUUGGAGACAACCCCAGAAUCAGCUAUGAAACCGGCCCAGACUACUCCAAGUUCCUUCUGACCAAGUCCAGGCGCACUGAUACUGGAAAGUACAUCAUCACCGCCACCAACUCCGCUGGGUCCUUCAUUGCCUAUGCCAACGUUAAUGUCCUUGACAUCCCCGGUCCAGUGAGAAACCUCAGGAUCACGGGCAUUGGAGCCGACAAGUGCAGAGUGGUGUGGGACGCUCCAGAGGAUGAUGGAGGCUGUGAAGUCGACAGCUAUAUCCUUGAGAAAUGUGAGACUAGGAGGAUGGUCUGGUCCACAUACUCAGCCUCCGUGGUCACACCCUACUGCAAUGUCACCCGUCUGGUGGAGGGCAAUGAGUACAUCUUCAGAGUGAGAGCGGAGAACAAGAUGGGAACCGGCCCUGCCAUGGAGAGCAAACCUGUCACCGUCAAAACCCAGUUCAACAAACCUGGACCUCCUGAUCCUCCAGAGAUCACCAAGGUGAGCAAAGAUGAGAUGACAGUCGUCUGGGCUCCUCCUGAGAACGACGGAGGAAAGUCCAUCACUGGAUACAUCCUGGAGAGGAAAGAGAAGAGAGCAGUGCGCUGGGUGCCCUGCAACAAGAGUCCCAUUUCAGAGAGACGCAUGAAAGUCACCAACCUGAUUCCCAACCAUGAGUACCAGUUCAGGGUGAAGGCUGAGAACGAAGUUGGCCUUGGAGAGCCCAGCAAACCCUGCAGACCUGUUGCAGCUAAGGAUCCAAUCGAGCCCCCUGGCCCUCCUGCAUUCUUGAAGGUUGGAGACAGCACCAAGACCUCAAUCACUCUAACCUGGUCUAAACCUGUCUACGAUGGUGGUGCACCGAUCAUCGGCUACAGCCUUGACAUUAGGCUCAAGAGUGAUGCAGACCCUGAGAACCCCACGGUGGGCUGGAAGAGGAUUGACACCCGGGGCCCACUGGUGCUCACUGAGUUCACCAUCGGCCAGCUGGAUGAGAAGCAAGAGUAUGAUUUCAAGGUGUCUGCCCAGAACCAGGUGGGCUGGGGACGCCACGCAUACUUGAAGGAAGCAGUCUCACCCAAGGAGAUCCUUGAGGCUCCAGAGAUCGACCUGGACGCCAGUCUGAGGAAAGGCCUGGCUGUCAGGGCCGGCUGUCCAAUCAGGCUCUUUGCUGUGAUCAGAGGAAGGCCCGCCCCUAAGGUAACAUGGAAACGUAUGGGUGUGGACAAUGUGCUCCGUCGUGGUCAUGUGGACCAGGUGGACACCAUGUCCUUCCUGGUGAUCCCUGAGAGCACCAGAGAGGAUUCUGGGAGAUACCAGCUGUCCCUGUCUAACUCAGCUGGAGAGAAAGCUGUGUUCGUCCGAGUCAAAGUCCUUGAUACUCCUGGACCUGUGGGCGGCUUGGAUGCCACUGAUGUCACCAAGACAACAGCCAUGCUGUCCUGGUUGCCACCAGAGAAUGAUGGCGGUAGCCCCAUCACAAACUACAUUGUGGAGAAACGUGAGGUAGAUAGGAAGACCUGGACCAAGUGCACAGAGGACCUGAAGAAGACUAGCUUCAAGGUGACUAACAUGACGCCUGGUAUCGAGUACUACUUCAGAGUCAUGGCCUGCAACAAGUACGGCAUCGGAGUUCCUCAGGACUCCCCCAAGUCCUACCUGGCUGUGGAUCCCAUCAGUGAGCCGGACCCACCCAAGAAGAUGGAUGUGCUGGAGGUCACAAAGAACAGCGCCACGCUGGGCUGGCUGAAGCCGCUCAGAGAUGGAGGGGCCAAGAUCAACGGUUAUGUGGUGGACUACCAGGAGGAGGGUGCGCCUGAGGGCAAAUGGACCCCCUACUCUGUGGUCAAAGACCUGACCAUUGUGGUGGUUGGUCUGAAGGAAGGAACCAAGUACAAGUUCAGGGUGGCUGCCAGAAACUCGGUGGGAGUCAGCUUGGCCCGAGAGGCUGAGGGCGUGUUUGAGGUCAAGGAGCAGCUGAUGCCUGCAAAGAUCAUUAUGCCCGACAUCGUGACUUUCAGGGCUGGAUCUAAGAUGGUGGUUGAGGCCAUUGUGGCUGGUAAACCCGCUCCUUUCUGCAAGUGGAAGCAGGGCAAUGAGGACGUGCUGACCUCUGACCGUCUGUCUGUUGAGAAGACUCUUACAACAUGCACUCUUAUAAUCAAGAACGUAACAAGAAAGGACAGUGGAUACUACAGUCUGUCAGCUGAGAACAGCACCUCCAAAGUCAACCAGAUCCUCAGAGUCACCAUCAUGGACAUCCCCGGACCCCCUGAAGGUCCUCUCGAGAUCACUGAGCAGGACAUCGAUGCCUGCACUUUGCUUUGGAAUUCCCCGCAGGAAGAUGGUGGCAGCAACAUCACCAACUAUAUUGUUGAGAAGUGUGAUGUCUCCCAGGGUGACUGGGUCACUGUAUCCACCUCCUGCACCAAAACCAGCUUCAGAAUGACCAAACUCACUCCUGGAAAAGAGUACGGCUUCCGUGUCCGUGCUGAGAACAGGUUCGGUGUCUCUCAGCCCAUCUACUCUGAGAAGAUGAUUGCCAGAUAUCCAUUUGAUCCACCCAGCGAGCCCAGAAACUUGCAGAUUAACAGGAUCAAUAAGGACUUUGUUAUCCUGUCUUGGGAGCGUCCCAGCAGUGACGGUGGAACUCCUAUCACUGGGUACUGCAUCGAAAAGAAGGAGAGAAACAGCCUCCUGUGGAUGAGGGCCAAUGAGAGUGUGGUCAAAGCCACCCAAUACACAUGUACUGGUCUGAUGGAGGGCCUGGAGUACACCUUUAGGGUGUCAGCUUUCAACAUGGCUGGACAGGGCAAACCCUGCAAACAGACCGACUUCAUCACUGCCAGGACAGCUGUUGAUCCACCUGGUAAACCUGAGCCCAUGGAUGUGACCAAGAGCUCUGUCUCUUUGGUCUGGUCCCGUCCCAAGCAUGACGGUGGCAGUAAGCUGAUUGGCUACUACAUGGAGUACACCAAGCUCCCAGAGGAGAAGUGGACCCGCUGCAAUGCCAACUGCAUGAACAUCCAGACAGAGAACUAUGUGGUAAGCGGCCUGGAGGAAGGCCAGCAAUACCAGUUCAGAGUCAUCGCCAAGACUGCCAUCAACCAAAGCCAGCCAUCCGAGCUGUCUGACCCCAUCCCCAUCAUCGCAGAGAAUGUUCCUCCUCGUGUUGAGCUGGGUAUUGAAAUGAAGAAUCUGAUCGUGGUAAAGGCUGGGGAGAAUGUCUUCCUUGAUGCCGAGGUGUUUGGAAAGCCACUGCCCAAGGUGAGCUGGAAGAGAGACGGCGCUCCUCUGGUACUUGCAGAGGGAAUGAAGAUGACCCAGAAGAAACACGUCCACGUACUGGAGCUCUACUCUGUCACCAGAAAGGAGUCUGGAGACUACACCAUCACAGCUGAGAACGCCAACGGCAGCAAGUAUGCCAUCAUCAAGGUCAAGGUGCUCGACAAACCAGGCCCCCCAGCCUCAGUGAAAAUUGGAAAGGUCUUUGCUGACCGUGUUAAGUUACGCUGGGAGCCCCCACUUGCAGAUGGUGGCUCUGAGAUCACCAACUACAUUGUUGAGAAGCGUGAGACAAGCAGGGCUAACUGGGCGCUGGUCACCGCCAACAUCCACGGACACAUCACCGACUGCUCAGUGGAGAAACUCAUCGAAGGACAUGAGUACCAGUUCCGAGUUAGUGCUGAAAACCAGUACGGUGUGGGAGACGCCAUCAUGACUGACGGCGUCAUGGUCAAGAAUCCUUACGAUGUCCCUGGACCAUGUGAUCCACCCGUCAUCACCAACAUCACCAAGGACUCCAUGACAGUGAGCUGGAAGGCCCCAGCCAAUGAUGGCAAGGCUCCCAUCCUGGGCUACAUGGUGGAGAAACGUGAGGCCACCGAGCUCACCUGGGCUAAGGUCAACCGCCGCCCAGUCAUUGACAGAACCAUCAAGGCAGUUCAGCUGACCGAGGGCUCAGAGUACGAGUUCAGAGUUAUCGCCAUGAACAAAGCUGGUCUGGGCAAACCCAGCGACGCCUCCAAUGCAGCUCUGGCUGUGGACCCUGUCUAUCCCCCUGGACCUCCUGCCUUCCCCAAGGUGGUGGACUCCACCAAGAGCUCCAUCAGCCUGAGCUGGACCAAACCAGCGUAUGACGGUGGCUGUGAGAUUAUCGGCUACCUGGUGGAGUGUAAACGAGUUGGUGCGGAGGACUGGACAAAUUGCAACGUCCCGAAGAAGCUCCAGGCCACCAAGUUCUUCGUGACAGGCCUGAUGGACCAAACAGAGUACCAGUUUAGAGUCAGCGCUGUGAACAGGAUCGGCUUCAGCGAGCCCAGUGACGUCCCUGGAAACCACAUGGCCAAGGACAUCCUGAUCGCCCCUGAAGCUGAGCUGGACGCCGAUCUGAGAAAGGCAUUGGUUCUUAGAGCUGGCGUCACCAUGAGGCUCUACGUCCCACUGAGAGGACGUCCGGCGCCAAAGGUGACAUGGACGAAGGUGGACGCCAACCUGAAGGAGAGGCAGGGCCUGCUGAUCAAGACUUCUGAUUGGGAUACCUUCCUGAUGGUUGAGGACGUUAACAGAUACGACGCAGGCAAAUACGUUCUGUCUCUGGAGAACAGCAGCGGAUCGAAGAGCUACACCAUCGUGGUCAAAGUCCUGGAUUCUCCUGGACCACCAAUAAACCUGAUUGUGAAAGAGACUUCCAGGAACCACGCCAGCAUCACAUGGGAUGCCCCGUUGAUUGAUGGUGGAGGCCCAGUCAAGAGCUACAUCGUAGAGAAACGUUUGGCUGAUAGGAAGGCCUGGACUUGUGUGUCGGCAGAAUGCCCCAAGACCUCUUUCAGGAUCACCAACCUGGAGGGAGGACAGGCUUACUGCUUCAGAGUGCUGGCUGAAAAUGCAUACGGCAUUGGAGAGGGCUGCGAGACUGCUGGCAGUGUCCGUGCCUCAGAGCAACCUGGUCCAGUGACAGAUUUCAAAGCUCAGAAGACAACUAAGGACUCCAUCUCUCUUGGCUGGAAGAAGCCCAUCAGCGAUGGUGGAAGCCAUGUGAGUGCUUACAUCUUAGAGCAGAGCGAAGGCGAGGAGAAGUGGAAGCAGAUCAUGAAAGGAAAGAACACAUCACAUACCAUCAGUGAGCUUGCUGAGGGCAAGGAGUACUCAUUCAGAGUCAAGGCGCUCAAUGAGUCUGGAGAAGGACCACCCACUGAGCUCACAGCUGUUGCCAAGGAUCAGUUUGUGCUGCCUGACUGCAACCUGAGCAAUCUGCAUGACGGAUGCCAAGUAGUGAAGGAGGGCAGCACCACACGCAUCAACAUCCCUCUCAUUGGCGUGCCAUACCCCAUCGCCACCUGGAAGAAGGGGGACGUGGUGCUGGGAGAUACCGGCCGAAUGUGCGUGGAGGCAUCUCAGGGCAUCACCACCCUGCUGAUCAGAGACUGCCAGAGAGGAGAUGCAGACACCUACACCAUCAAUGUCAAAAACAGCGCUGGCUCCAAGGACUGCAAGUUCCAGCUCAAGGUAGUUGGCAAGCCUGGCAUCUGCACUGGACCCAUUAAAUUUGACGAGAUCACUGCUGACGGCAUCACUCUGGAGUGGGGACCACCUCAGGAUGAUGGUGGCGCCGAGGUGUCAAACUACAUUGUAGAAAAGAGGAGGACCACUGACAGCAAGUGGGCCACAGUGGCUUCGGCCAUCCAGAAGACCACCAUGAGGGUGAUCAGACUCCAUGAUGGCAUCGAGUAUAUCUUCAGAGUAUUUGCUGAGAACAAGUACGGCAUUGGAGAGCACCUGAGGUCCGACCCAGUCAUCGCCCAGCAUCCAUUCAAUGUGCCUGAGGCGCCUGCUCCUCCAGAAAUAGUGAGCAUUCGCCAUGAGUCAGCCAUUUUGACCUGGGCUGAUCCAAGGGACACUGGUGGCUCCCCAAUUACUGGAUAUCAUGUGGAAUUCAAGGAGAGAAACAGUUUAAUGUGGAAACGAGCCAGUAAGACUCCUUUGAGAGUGAAAGAGUGCAGAGUCACUGGCCUGACAGAAGGACUAGAGUACGAGUUCAGGGUUAUGGCCAUGAACAUGGCUGGACUAGGAAAGGCAAGCAGAGUCACUGAGGCUGUGGUUGCCCUGGAUCCUAUUGAUCCUCCUGGCAAGCCUGAUGUGAUUAAUGUCACCAGGACCACAGUCACUCUGAUCUGGACUGCUCCCAAAUAUGAUGGUGGUCACAAGCUGACUGGUUAUUUUGUUGAGAAACUUGAGGCUGGAGGAAAGGCCUGGAUGAAGGCCAAUCAUGUCAACAUCCAGGGCUGUGCCUUCACAGUUACAGACCUGACUGAUGGAGCUCAGUAUCAGUUCAGGAUCAGAGCGAAGAAUGCUGCAGGAGCUAUUAGUGUUCCUUCAGAGUCCACUGAGCUUCUGACAUGCAAGGAUGAGUAUGAGCCCCCGUCCAUCACCAUCGACCCAGACAUGAAGGAUGGUGUAUCUGUCAGAGCAGGAGACACCAUCGUGAUCACAGCCUCCAAGAUUAUUGGCAAACCUCCACCAACUGCUGUUUGGUCAAAGGGAGGUCGCGAGUUUAAGACUUCUGACAUUGUCACCAUCACAAGCACCCCCACCUCCUCAAGUCUGGCUAUCAAGUAUGCAAGCCGUAAGAACACAGGAGACUACACCAUCACUGCUAGCAACCCCUUCGGCAUCAAGGAAGAACAUGUAAAGGUGAAGGUCCUAGACGUGCCUGGACCUCCAGGCCCCAUCGAAGCCAGUAACAUUUCAGCUGAGAAGUGUACUCUGACUUGGCUUCCACCAGAGGAGGAUGGAGGCUGCUCUAUCAAGUCUUACACUCUUGAGAAGAGAGAAACCAGCCGUCUGCAGUGGACCAAGUUGGCUGAAAAUGUCGUGGACUGCAGAUAUGUAGCCUGCAAACUGAUCAAGGGCAAUGAGUAUAUCUUCAGAGUCUGUGCUGUGAAUCAGUACGGCACUGGAGACUCAAGCCAGUCUGGUCCAGUCAAAAUGGUUGACAGCUUCCGCCCACCAGGUCCACCUUCAGUUCCAGAAAUUGACAAUGUCAGUAGGAAUGCUGUCACCAUUUCAUGGAGGAGACCAGCACAAGAUGGAGGAAGUGACAUCAGAGGAUAUUGUGUUGAGAGGAAAGAGAGGAGAGGAAUGAGAUGGGUUAGAGCCUCUAAGAGGACAGUCCCUGACCUGCGCUUUAAGGUGCAAGGCCUAACUGAGGGAGUUGAGUAUGAGUUUAGAGUCACUGCUGAGAACAAGGCUGGAUUUGGUGAGCCAAGUGAACCAUCACACCCUGUGCUGACCAAAGACAUUGUGUAUCCACCUGGUCCUCCAUCCAACCCCAGAAUUACAGAGACAACAAAAACCACAGCAACCUUUGCCUGGGGCAGACCCUUCUAUGAUGGUGGUCUUGAAGUAGAGGGAUACAUUGUUGAGUACAAAAAGGAAGGCCACGAUGACUGGGAAGUGGAGACACAGUACCCAUUGAAAGCUAAUGAAUAUGUCAUUGGUAAACUCCAAAAGGGAGGUAAAUACCACUUCAGAGUCAGUGCAGUAAACUCAGAGGGCACUGGUGAACCUGCAGAGGUUGAAAAAGUUACUGAACUGGUAGACCAAGAAACACUGCCAGACUUUGAGCUAGAUGCUGAAUUAAGGAGAACCUUGGUGGUCAGAUGCCGUGCUUCCAUCCGUAUGUUUGUUCCUAUCCGUGGUCGUCCUGCUCCUGAAGUAACCUGGAGCAAAGAUGAUACCAACUUGAAAACACAUGCACACAUUGACACAACAGAGUCAUACACUCUUUUGGUUAUUCCUGACUGCACCAGAUAUGAUGCUGGAAAGUACAACCUCUGUCUUGAGAAUGUAGCUGGAAAGAAGACUGGCUUUGUUAAUGUGAAGAUUCUGGACACACCAGGACCACCAGUCAACCUCAAACCUAGAGAAAUCACCAAGAACAGCAUCACCCUCCAGUGGGAAAUCCCCAUUAUUGAUGGUGGUUCUAAAAUUCACAACUAUAUAGUUGAAAAGAGAGAGGCUACCAAGAAAGCCUACACAGUACUUAGCACUACUUGGCAGAAGUGUUCCUUCAAGAUCCCAGACCUGGAAGAAGGAGCUUACUACUACUUCCGUGUCUCGGCUGAGAAUGACUUGGGCGUAGGUGAGCCAGCUGAAACCCCUGAACCAAUCAGGGUGUCCCAAGCCCCCUCUGCACCAGAGAACUUAUAUGUCACAGAUGUGUCAGCUGACAGUGCCAGCUUGUCAUGGGCCAAGCCACUGCAUGAUGGUGGUAGCUUAAUCACUGGAUAUGUCAUUGAGGCCCAGAAGAAAGACACUGACCAGUGGGUCCAUGUUACCACAAUCAAGGCUCUUGACUACACUGUCACAGACCUGAUUGAGGGUGCUGAAUAUACUUUCCGCAUUAUGGCUGUCAAUGCAUCUGGAAGGAGUGAUCCUCGUGAGAGCAGGCCUGCCAUUAUCAAAGAGCAGACUUCUGCUCCUUCCUUUGACCUACGUGGAGUCUAUCAGAAGACUGUCAUUGCCAAGGCAGGGGACCGCUUGAAGGUGGAGAUUCCUGUGCUUGGUAAACCCAGACCUGUGGUUUCCUGGAAGAAGGGUGACAUAGCGCUUAAAGAAACACAGAGAAUUAACACUGAAACCACAGCUACAUCAACCAUCCUCAAUAUCGGUGAGAUCAAGAGGACUGAUGGAGGCCAGUAUUCCAUGACAGGAAAGAACAUGCUGGGUACAGUGACUGAGACUAUCACAGUCCUCGUCCAUGACAUCCCAGGUCCUCCAACUGGUCCCAUCAAGCUGGAGGAGGUCUCAUGUGAUUAUGUUCUCAUGUCCUGGGAGGCACCAGAGAAUGAUGGUGGCGUUCCAAUCAACAACUAUAUUGUUGAGAUGCGAGAGACUACUGGAACUUCAUGGGUUGAGCUGGCAGCCACAGUCAUCCGAACCACAUUCAAAGCAGCGCGUCUCAACACUGGAACCCAAUAUCAGUUCCGUGUCAGAGCCCAGAACAGGUAUGGAGUUGGACCAUACCUUAACUCUGAACCAGUGAUUGCUGCAUAUCCAUUCGAUGUACCAGGACAGCCAGGCAUUCCUGUGGUCAAUUCUUUCAACAAAGAUUCUAUGACACUGAGCUGGAAUGAACCAUCCUCUGAUGGAGGAAGUCCGAUCCUGGGUUAUCAUGUGGACAGAAAAGAGAAAAACAGCAUUCUGUGGCAGAGGGUCAGCAAAGCUCUUGUGGUUGGAAAUAUUUUCAAGUCCACUGGCCUUUUCGAUGGAAUCGCAUAUGAGCACCGUGUCACUGCUGAAAACAUGGCUGGUCUCAGCAAACCAAGCAAAGCCUCUGAGCCUAUGUAUGCAUUGGACCCAGUCGACCAACCAGGCAGGCCUGUGGCACUUAAUGUCACCAGGCAUGAGGUGACCCUUUCAUGGACCAAACCAGAGGGAGAUGGUGGAUUUUCCAUCACUGGAUACACAGUAGAAAGAAGAGAGAUGCCAAAUGGACGCUGGCUCAAAGCAAACUUUAACAACAUCCUGGAAACCGUUUAUACAGUUAGCGGUCUGAUUGAAGAUGCAACUUAUGAAUUCCGUGUCACUGCUAGAAACUCAGCAGGUGCAGUUAGUGCUCCAUCCCAGUCAUCUGAGGCUAUCACAUGCAGAGAUGACAUUGAAGAGCCUAGACUUGAUGUUGAUGCAUCAUAUAGCAGCAAUGUUGUGGUCAUGGCAGGAGAGAUUUUCAAGUUAGAAGCUAGUGUUACUGGCAGGCCAAUCCCAUCUCUGGUAUGGACCAAGGACGGAAAGGAGCUUGAGGAUACAGCCAAGAUAGAGAUUAAGACAACUGAUUUCCACACAACUCUAAUAAACAAAGAUUCUUUGAGGAGGGAUGGAGGCUCGUUUACUCUUACUGCCAGCAAUCCUGGUGGCUUUGCCAAGUUCACAUACAAUGUCAAAGUGCUAGACAGACCUGGACCACCAGACUCUCUUACCGUCACUGAUAUCGCUGCUGAGAAGUGCGUCCUUAACUGGCUACACCCUUCACAUGAUGGCGGUGCCAAGAUUGAGUACUUCAUAAUUCAAAGACGUGAGACCAGUAGGUUGGCAUGGACAAAUGUGGCCACUGACCUGCAGGCAAACAGAUUCAAGGUCACCAAGCUUCUGAAGGGCAAUGAGUACAUCUUCAGGGUCAUGGCUGUUAACAAGUAUGGUCUGGGUGAACCUCUAGAGUCUGAACCAGUCAUUUGUGUCAACCCCUAUGUCCCAAGUGAUCCACCCCACCAGCCUGAAGUUACCACCAUUACUAAGGACUCCAUGGUUGUCUGCUGGGAGCGGCCUGAGCAUGAUGGAGGCAGUAGAAUAAACACCUACAUUAUUGAGAGAAGAGAUAAGACUGGCUUACGCUGGGUGAAGUGCAACAAGAGGACUGUAACUGACCUACGAUUUAAGUGCUCUGGCCUCACAGAAGGACAUGAGUAUGAAUUCAGAGUUCUUGCUGAAAACAAUGCUGGAAUAAGCCAGCCAAGUCCUUCCAGUCCAUUCUACAAAGCAGAAGACACUAUCUUCCAGCCUGGACCUCCAGGUAACCCCAGACUACUUGACACAACUAAGUCCUCUAUCACCCUUGCCUGGAAUAAGCCUGUUUACGAUGGUGGUUCUGAAAUCACUGGAUACAUUGUAGAGACAUGCUUACCUGAGGAGGAUGAAUGGACUAUUCAUACUCCAAAGAAGGGAUGGACUGCCACUUCCUUCACCAUUACAGGCUUGAAGGAAAACCAAGAGUACAAAAUCAACAUUUGUGCCACUAAUUGUGAAGGAGUGGGUGAGCCUGCUGCUGUUCCUGGAACUCCCAAGGCUGAAGACAGGCUGAUUCCUCCAGAAAUUGAACUUGGAGCAGAGCUGCGCAAGGUGGUUUGCAUCAGAGCCUGUAGCACACUCAGACUGUUUGUUCCUAUUAAGGGAAGACCAGCACCUGAAGUUAAAUGGUCAAGGGAGCAUGGAGAAUCCCUUGAUAAAGCUAACAUUGAAAUCACCCCUUCAUUUACCACUCUUCAGGUUGAAAAUGUUGAUAGGUUUGAUGCAGGUAAAUACAUGGUGACUGUUGAGAAUGCAUCAGGAAGCAAGACAGCUUUUGUCAAUGUCAGGGUGCUUGAUACUCCAGGAGCACCUCAGAAUCUGAUUGUAAAGGAAGUCACAAGAGAUUCAGUUUCCCUUGUUUGGGAUGCACCCCUCAUUGAUGGUGGCUCAAGAGUUCGCAACUACAUUGUGGAGAAGCGUGAGUCAACCAGAAAGGCCUACUCAACAGUGUGUGCCAGCUGCCAUAAGUCUAGUUGGAAAGUUGGAGACCUGGAGGAAGGAAAGCUGUACUCCUUCAGAAUUCUUGCUGAAAAUGAAUAUGGCAUUGGCCUCCCUGUGGAAACCCUUGAACCUAUUAAAGCAUCAGAGAAGCCUCUACCACCAGGGAAAGUGUCCCUUUGUGAAGUAACUGGCACUAGUGUCUCACUGAGUUGGGAAAAGCCUGACCAUGAUGGUGGUAGCAGAAUAACAGGAUAUAUAGUUGAAAUGCAGGGCAAAGGCAGUGACAAAUGGACUCAAGUUAUGGUUGUGAAAACCAAUGCAGCUCUUGUAACUGGCCUUACUCAGGGAGAAGAGUACAUGUUCCGAAUCAUAGCCACCAAUGAAAAGGGAGUUAGUGACCCACGACCUCUUAGUCAGCCUGUGGUUGCCAAAGAUUUGGUUAUUGUACCAACCUUCAAACUGCUGUUCACCACAUUUAGUGUAAUGGCAGGAGAUGAUCUUAAGAUAGAUGUACCUUAUGCUGCCUUCCCCAAGGCUACAGCAACUUGGCUCAAAGAUGGUGUUGCUCUCAAGGAAACAACUAGGGUUAAUGCUGAAGCCGGAGACAAAAACCUUCUCCUGGUUAUUAAGGAGGCUUGCAGAGAUGAUGUUGGCACUUACACAGUUAAACUGAACAACUCAGCUGGAGAGGCAUCUACAGACCUCAGUGUCAUUGUUCUUGACAAGCCUGGUCCUCCAACUGGCCCAAUUAAACUGGAUGAGGUCACUGCUGACAGUGUGGUCCUUUCUUGGAAUCCACCUGAGUAUGAGGGUGGUUGCUCCAUCAACAAUUAUGUUGUUGAGAAGAGAGACACAUCUACCACCAACUGGCAGAUUGUGUCAGCUACAGUGGCCAGAACCACCAUUAAAGCAGCCCGUCUGAAGACAGGAUGUGAGUAUCAGUUCAGGAUUGCUGCAGAGAACAGAUAUGGCAAGUCCUCAGUUCUGCUUUCUGAUACCAUUAUCGCUCAGUAUCCAUUUGAGUUGCCCAGCCAACCUCGCUCCGUCGUGGUCCAGUCGGCCACCAAGGAGACCAUGGUGGUUGUGUGGGAGAAACCCAGCAAUGAUGGAGGAAGCAAAAUUUUGGGCUAUCACCUAGAGCUGAAAGAGAGAAACAGCUUGCUGUGGGUGAAACAGAACAAACAAAUUAUUCCAGAACCCAGGUUUAAGGUCAUUGGCCUUGAAGAGGGAAUUGAAUAUGAAUUUAGAGUGUAUGCUGAAAACAUUGUCGGCUUGAGUAAAGCUAGCAAAGUAAGUGAAAUGCAAGUGGCCAGAGAUCCUUGUUGCAGACCAGGAAAACCAGAGGCUGUCAUUGUUACAAGAAACCAGGUGACACUUAGAUGGACCAAACCUGAAUAUGAUGGCGGCAUCAAGAUCACAGGCUAUAUUGUUGAGAAGAAGGAAGGAACUGGCCGCUGGAUGAAGGCCAGUUUCACCAAUAUUAUUGAAACUGAAUUCGUUGUCACAGGAUUAACUGAAGAUCAGAUCUAUGAGUUCCGUGUCAUCGCAAGAAAUGCAGCAAGUGUCCUCAGUCAGCCUUCUGAUUCAACGGGAUCAAUUACUGCAAAGGAUGAGGUUGAUCCACCAAAGAUUGACUUGGAAUCUAAGUAUUCACAGGUUGUAGUGGUUAAUGCUGGAGAGACCUUUAGGCUUGAGGCUGCUAUCUAUGGCAAGCCAGUGCCAACAGUGCAUUGGCUCAAGGAGGGCCAAGAGAUUGCUGAGGCAGCUCGGCUAGAACUCAAGAACACUGAUUUUACAGCUUGUAUAGUUGUCAAAGAAGCCAUCCGUGUUGAUGGAGGUCAGUAUACUUUGCUGGUAAAGAAUGUUGGAGGAGAAAAAACUGUAAACAUCAAUGUCAAGGUCUUGGACAGACCAGGUCCACCUGAAGGCCCUAUCUCCAUCUAUGGAGUCACUAGUGAAAAAUGCUCCAUUUCAUGGAAACCCCCCUUGCAAGAUGGUGGCAGUGAUGUUUCCCAUUACAUUGUUGAGAGGAGGGAAACCAGCCGACUGGUUUGGACUGUGGUUGAACCUAAAGUUCAAACACUGAACCUAAAGAUUACAAAACUUCUUCCUAAUAAUGAGUACAUAUUCAGAGUGAUCCCAGUAAACAAAUAUGGAGUUGGUGAACCACUAGAAUCUGAGCCCAUGAUUGCCAGAAAUCCAUUUGUCACUCCCAACCCACCAACAGAGGUAGAGGUCUCCACAAUAACCAAAGACUCCAUGGUGGUGACCUGGGAAAGACCAGCUCAUGAUGGUGGCAGUCCAAUCCAAGGAUAUAUUGUUGAGAAGCGUGAUAAGGACGGUGUAAGGUGGACUAGGUGCAACAAGCGUACUGUGAGUGAGCUGCGCUUCAGAGUGACAGGGCUCCUGGAAAACCAUAGCUAUGAAUUUAGAGUUGCUGCAGAGAAUGCUGCCGGUAUAGGCACACCUAGUGAACCUACAAUUUACUACAAAGCACUGGAUCCUAUCUUCAAACCAGGCCCACCCAACAACCCCAAGGUGGUGGACUCAUCUAGGUCCACUGUUUCCCUGGCAUGGGGCAAACCUAUCUAUGAUGGUGGCUGUGAGAUUCAGGCUUAUAUCGUUGAAGCCUGCAAUGGGGCAUCUGAUGAGUGGUUCAUGUGCACUCCCCCAACUGGAAUCACCGACACCAAAUUUACAGUGAAGAAACUUCUGGAAAAGCAUGAGUACCAGUUCAGAGUAUGUGCUGUCAACAAAGUUGGUGUUGGUGAGCAUGCUGAUGUUCCAGGAAAAAUUCUUCUUGAGGAGAAGCUUGAAGCUCCAGAUCUUGAUUUGGAUAAUGAUAUGAGAAAGAUGAUCAACAUCAGAGCAGCUAGCACUCUAAGGCUUUAUGUUCCUGUGAGGGGUCGUCCAGCACCAGAGGUAAAAUGGGGCAAAGCUGAGGGUGAGAUUAAAGAGACAGCCCAGAUUGACACUACAGGCACCUAUGCCUCACUUGUCAUUGAGAAUGUUGACAGAUUUGACAGUGGCAAGUACACCCUGACUGCAGAAAAUGCCAGCGGAGUGAAGUCAGUCUUCAUCAGCGUAAGAGUUUUGGACUCACCCAGUCCACCAGCUAACUUGAUCGUUAAAGAAAUUACCAAGAAUUCAGUCACUCUCACAUGGGAGCCUCCAGUUCUUGAUGGUGGCUCAAAGAUUAAGCAUUACAUUGUUGAGAAGCGUGAGAGUACCAGGAAAGUGUAUUCUCCCAUCACCACCUGCAACAGGAUGUCAUGGAAAGUUGAGCCUCUACCAGAGGGUGGCAUCUUCUUCUUCAGAGUUCUGGCUGAAAACGAAUAUGGUGUUGGUCUCCCUGCUAAAACUUUGGAGCCAAUCAAAAUCUCUGAGAAGCCUCAGCCACCUGGUAAAGUCAGCGUUGUUGACGUGACCUCCAGUACUGUAACUCUUUCUUGGGAAAAACCCAUACAUGAUGGUGGCAGCAGGAUCAGUCACUAUGAAGUUGAACUGGCACCUAAGGACAGUGAAGCUUGGUCUUUGUGUGCUAGUGGAAAGGCACUGGAGACUGUGGUUACUAAUCUUCUCAAGGGAGAGGAGUAUCAGUUCAGAGUUGUGGCUGUGAAUGAUAAGGGUAAAAGUGACCCCAGACAACUGGUCCAGUCAGUUGUGGCAAAGGACCUUGUUAUUGAGCCUGCUGUAAGACCCAAAGUGAGCACAUACAGUGUUCAGGUUGGCUAUGACCUCAAGAUAGAGGUCCCCAUUGCUGGUCAUCCAAAACCAACCAUCACUUGGACCAAAGAUGGAGCUGCGCUCAAACAGACCACUAGAGUCAAUGUCACAGACUCAGCACAUCACACCACUCUGACUAUUAAAGAUGCAACUAGAGAAGAUGGAGGCAUGUACAGCAUCAAUGUUGCAAAUAACCUUGGUUCCAAGGAUGCUACGAUUGAGGUGAUUACCCUUGACAAACCAGGCCCACCAACAGGACCUGUUAAGGUGGAGGACAUCAGUGCUGAGAGUAUGACCCUUAGCUGGGAACCACCUACAUAUACAGGAGGCUGCCCUAUCUCCAACUAUGUGGUGGAAAAGAGGGACACAACCACAACUAACUGGGUAGUCGUAUCUGCCACUGUGGCCAGAACCACACUCAAAGUGGGCAAUCUGAAGACUGGUUCUGAAUACCAAUUCAGGAUCUAUGCAGAGAACAGAUAUGGAAAGAGUUAUGCAAUUGAUUCAGAGCCUGUGUUGGCACAGUAUCCAUUCCAGGAGCCUGGUCCACCAGGAACACCAUUUGUGUCCUCAUACAGUAAAGACUAUAUGAUAGUUGAGUGGCACAAACCCCCAUCCGAUGGUGGCAGUGCCAUCUUGGGCUACCAUCUGGAGAGGAAAGAGAAGAAUAGUAUUCUCUGGACCAAGAUCAAUAAAAUGCUAAUUCAAGACUGCAGAUUCAAAUCCACUCCCCUUGAGGAAGGCAUUGAGUAUGAAUACAGAGUCUAUGCUGAAAAUAUUGUUGGAAUAGGAAAAUGCAGCAAAGUGUCUGAGGUUUACGUGGCCCGUGACCCAUGUGAUCCUCCUGGACGUCCUGAGGCUGUAAUUGUGACCAGGCACUCAGUGAUGCUGAGAUGGACUGCUCCUAUAUAUGAUGGAGGAAGCCUGGUUACUGGUUAUGUAGUGGAAAAACGUGACCUACCUGAGGGAAAGUGGAUGAAGGCCAGCUUUGCAAACAUAAUGGAACAUGAAUUCACAGUUACAGGCCUGUCAGAGGACAACAAAUAUGACUUCAGGGUCAUUGCAAGGAAUGCAGCUGGUGCUGUCAGCAAGCCCUCUGAGAGCACAGGAUCCAUCACUGCCAAGGAUGAGGUUGACCCACCCAAAUGCGAGACAGAUCCUAUGUACAACCAGACCCUUGUCAUCAAUGCUGGAGAGACUUUCAAUCUGGAGGCUAGUGUUGAAGGAAAGCCCAUCCCUACAGCUCAGUGGUUCAAGGGAAGUGUUGAAGUGGAAAAUUCAGCAAGAGCUGAAAUCAAAAACACAGACUUCAAGGCCUUGCUGGUUGUUAAGGAUGCCAUUAGAGUGGAUGGUGGACAGUACACACUGGUUCUUACCAAUGUGGCUGGCACUAAGACCGUCCCAUUCAGUGUAAAGGUCCUAGACAGACCAGGUCCCUCAGAGGGUCCUCUUACUGUAAGCAAUGUCACUGAGGAGAAGUGCUCACUGUCAUGGCUGCCACCCAGGCACGAUGGAGGAGCUAGCAUUUCUCACUAUGUCAUUCAGAAGAGAGAAACUAGCCGUCUAGCAUGGACUGUGGUUUCUGGUGACUGUGGUGCUACUAUGUUCAAGGUUACAAAAUUGUUGAAGGGCAAUGAGUAUAUCUUCAGAGUCAUGGCUGUCAACAAAUAUGGCGUGGGAGAGCCCCUCGAAUCAGCGCCAGUUAUCAUGAGGAAUCCUUUUGUUCCUCCUGGCGCACCUCAGGAGCUCGAGAUCACCAACAUUACCAGGGACUCAAUGACUGUCUGCUGGAACCGCCCUGAAACCACAGGAGGCAGUGAGAUUGUUGGUUACAUUGUUGAAAAGAGAGACAGAGCUGGAGUGAGAUGGACCAAGUGCAACAAACGCAGGGUGACAGACUUGCGUUUCAGAGUAACAGGACUGACUGAGGACCAUGAAUAUGAAUUCAGGGUUUCUGCUGAGAAUGCAGCUGGAGUCGGUCAGCCAAGCCCAGCUACACCCUACCUCAAAGCUUGUGACCCCACCUUUGAACCAGGCUGUCCAACCAAUGCACAUUUAGUCGACACUGGUAAAGACUCCCUCACUGUGGCCUGGCAUCGUCCUAUCUAUGAUGGUGGUUGUGAGAUUCAAGGAUAUGCUGUGGAAAUUACAAAGGCUGAUGAAGAGGAGUGGACCAUUUGCACUCCACCUUCUGGUGUCAAUGCUACAAAGUUCACAAUCACUAAGUUGAUAGAGCACCAGGAAUACAAAGUACGUAUAUGUGCCAUCAACAAGCUUGGUGUUGGUGAACCCACUGAGAUUCAGGGAGUUUUGAAGCCUUUGGAUAAGAUUGAUCCUCCAGAGAUGAUUCUGGAUUCAGAGCUCAGGAAAGGAAAAGUUGUACGUGCAGGUGGCUCCUUGAUACUCUGCAUUCCAUUCAAAGGUCGUCCAACCCCUGAAGUUACCUGGGCAAAGGAGGAUGGAGAGCUGCCCAGUAAAGUUCAGAUAGAGACAGGGGAAGAUUACACACAGCUCUCCAUUGACAUCUGUGACAGAUAUGAUGCUGGAAAAUACAUCCUUACCUUGGAAAACAGCGCUGGCACAAAAUCAGCCUUUGUGUCUGUCAAAGUACUGGACACUCCAGGGGCUCCUCUUAAUCUAACUGUAAAAGAUAUCAAACGGGAAAGUAUCACUCUGACAUGGGAGCCUCCUCUCAUUGAUGGUGGUGCAAGAAUCAAGAACUACCUGGUUGAAAAGCGUGAGGCCAAUAGACAGGUUUACUCUAAUGUGGACAACAAGUGCACAAAAACAAGCUACCGAAUCACCGGACUCACUGAAGGAGCUAUUUACUAUUUCAGAGUAUUAGCAGAGAACGAGUUUGGUAUCGGACAGGCAGUUGAGACACAGGAAUCAGUGAAGACCUCUGAGCCUCCUCUUUCUGUAGGUAAAGUCACCUUGACUGAAGUGACAAAAACCACUGUGUCACUCUCAUGGGAGAAGCCAGACCAUGAUGGAGGUAGUAGAAUCAUGGGCUAUUACAUUGAGAUGCAGCCUGUGGGCUCAGAAGAAUGGGUAGUGGCAACCAUAGCCAAAGCCUGUGAGGGCACUGUCACUGGCCUAAGCGCAGGACAUGAAUAUCUGUUUAGAGUUUCAGCUUUUAAUGAGAAGGGCAAGAGUGAUCCCAGGCCUCUGGCGGCACCAGUGACCGCCAAAGAUGUCACUAUUGAACCCAGAUUCAAGAUUGCUUUCAACACUUACAGUUUACAGAAUGGUGAGGAUCUGAAAAUUGAGAUUCCAGUUAUUGGACGCCCCGUUCCCAAGGUAGAAUGGAAAAAGAAUGGACAGGCUCUCAAAGAGACAACUAGGCUCAAUGUAUCCGGCACAGCAUCAUCUACCAAGCUAACCAUCAAGGAUGUAAACAGGGAUGACUCUGGUCAGUACGUUAUCACAGCUACCAGUAGUGUUGGAACAGCUACAGCAGAGCUUACUGUUAUUGUUCUUGAUAAGCCUGGCCCACCAACAGGCCCUGUGAAAAUUGAGGAAGUUAGCUCUAAUUAUGUCACACUGGCCUGGGAACCUCCAGAGUACACUGGAGGCUGUCAGAUCAACAACUACAUUGUGGAGAAAAGAGACACCACCACAACCUCAUGGCAGAUCGUGUCUGCUACUAUUGCAAGGACCACCAUCAAAGUCACCAAGUUAAAGACUGGUGUUGAGUAUCAAUUCAGAGUGUCCUCUGAGAAUAGAUAUGGAAAGAGUUCUGCCAUUCUCUCUCCUGCUGUUGUUGCUCAGUAUCCAUUCAGUGAGCCGGCUGCUCCAGGAACACCAGUUGUAUCUGCUGCAACUAAGGAUAACAUGGUUGUUGAAUGGAAGCCUCCCACAAACAAUGGAGGCAGCCCCAUCAUGGGAUAUCAUCUUGAGAGAAAGGAAAAGAACAGUCUCUUGUGGACUAAACUCAACAAGCUUCUAAUCCCAGAGACACGUUUCAAGACUUCAGAGCUGGAAGAGGGCAUUGAGUAUGAAUUCAGAGUUUACGCUGAGAAUAUUGCUGGAGUCAGCCCAUCAAGCAAGGUCUCUGAGAGUACGGUAGCCAGGGAUCCUUGUGACCCACCAGGCACUCCAGAGGCUAUUGACAUCACUAGAAAUCAUGUGACGCUCCAGUGGACAAGACCUCAGUACGAUGGAGGAAGUGCAAUCACUGGUUAUGUGAUUGAGAGGAAGAAACACCCAGAUACCCGCUGGAUGAAGGCCAGCUUCACAAACAUCAUUGAGACCCAGUUCACUCUGACAGGUCUGACUGAGGGCUGUGUUUAUGAAUUUAGAGUCAUUGCCAAGAAUGCUGCUGGUAUUUCAAGCCGUCCCUCUGAAGGCACAGGACAAAUUACUGCCCAAGAUGAAAUUGAGGCUCCAGGAGCCACCUUGGACUCUAAAUUCAAGGAUCUGACUGUCGUUAGUGCUGGUGAGACAUUUAUCAUCGAUGCUGACUACACUGGCAAGCCUCUGCCUGAGGUAAUUUGGUUAAAGGAUGGAAAGGAGAUUGACAAAACAACACCGAGAAUGGAGGUCAAGACUUCAAUUACACGCACCAUUCUGACAGUCAAAGAUUGCAUCCGAGUAGAUGGUGGCCACUUUGUCCUCAAACUUGUCAAUGUAGGCGGAGUCAAGAUGGUUCCAGUUAAUGUUAAGGUUCUUGACAGACCUGGUCCUCCAGACGGCCCUCUUGAAGUCAAAGGAGUCACAGCUGAGAAGUGUUAUCUCCACUGGAGCCAUCCCUCACAUGAUGGUGGAGCCAGCAUCUCUCAUUACAUAAUUGAGAAAAGAGAGACUAGUCGCCUGUCAUGGACAAUGGUUGAGCCCAAGAUCCAGGCUAUCAGCUACAAAAUCACAAAACUGCUGCCUGGAAAUGAAUACAUCUUUAGAGUCACUGCUGUAAAUAAAUAUGGUGUUGGUGAGCCUUUGGAAUCUGAACCUGUUAUUGCACGUAAUCCCUUCACCACUCCCAGUGCACCUUCGACUCCUGAGGCAAGUGCUAUUACCAGGGACUCCAUUGUGCUUACCUGGGAGAGACCAGAAAAUAAUGGAGGAGCUGAGAUUGAAGGAUAUGUUCUUGAAAAACGUGACAAGGAUGGUAUCAGAUGGACUAAGUGCAACAAGAAGAGGCUGAAUGACCUGAGAUUUAGAUGCACUGGUCUCACAGAAGGCCACAGCUAUGAGUUCAGGGUCUCAGCAGAAAACGCCGCUGGUGUUGGAAAGCCCAGCACACCAUCUGAAUACAUCAAGGCCUGUGAUGCAACUUAUCCACCAGGACCUCCCAAUAACCCCAAAGUCACCGACCACUCUAGCACGACAGUCUCCCUGGCCUGGUCUAGGCCAAUAUAUGAUGGUGGAGCACCCAUCCAAGGAUAUAUUGUUGAAGUGAAGGAAGCAGCAGAUGAUGAGUGGGUCAUUUGCACACCCCACACUGGUGUCCCGGUCACUCACUACACUGUUAAAACACUCAAAGAGAAUGCAGAGUACAACUUCCGCAUCUGUGCUGUUAACAUUGAAGGAGUAGGAGACCAUGUGGACCUACCUGGAUCUGUAAUUGCUGCAGAAAAGCUGGAGGCUCCUGAAAUUGAGUUGGAUGCUGACCUUAGAAAAAUGGUCAAUGUUCGUGCCACUGCUACUUUACGUCUUUUUGUGACAAUCAGAGGAAAGCCUGAGCCUGAGGUGAGAUGGUCUAAGGCUGAUGGCACUUUGAAUGAGCGUGCCCAGAUUGAGGUCACAAGCUCUUACACAAUGCUGGUGAUUGAGAAUGUUGACCGAUUUGACACCGGCAAAUAUGUUCUGACCCUUGAAAAUCUCAGUGGGUCUAAAUCAGCCUUCAUCAAUGUUAGAGUUCUGGAUUCUCCCAGUGCUCCUACCAACCUUGAGGUUAAGGAUGUGAAGAGAAAUUCUGUUGCUCUUUCUUGGGAACCCCCUCUCAUUGAUGGUGGAGCUAAGAUAUCACACUACAUUGUGGAGAAGAGAGAGCAGAAAAGAAUGGCUUUCACCAGUGUUAGCACCAACUGUGUAAGAAACUCUUUCAUCAUUUCUGAUCUUCAGUCAGGAGGUCGCUAUUACUUCCGUGUGUUGGCUGUUAAUGAGCUUGGAGUAGGUCUACCUGCCUCUACAGACCAAGUGAAGGUGUCCGAGGCUCCUUUGCCUCCCGGUAAGGUUGUCUUGGUUGAUGUGACUCGUCAUACUGUCACCCUCUCCUGGGAGAAACCUGAUUAUGAUGGAGGCAGCAAGAUCACAAACUAUAUUGUGGAGAUGCAGCCCAAGGGAGAUGACAAAUGGACUGUAUGCAGUGAAGUCAAGGCACUGGAAGCUACUGUUGAUGGACUUGCAACUGGAGAGGAAUACUCCUUCAGGGUGAUUGCUGUGAAUGACAAAGGCAGAAGUGAUGCCAAGCCUCUAGCUAACCCUGUGGUGGUGAAGGACAUAACAAUGGAGCCAAUUAUCAACUUGCUGUUUAGCACCUACAGUGUAAAAGCAGGCGAUGACCUGAAGAUUGAUGUUCCCUUCAAAGGCAGACCUGAACCUGAGGUGUCCUGGAAAAAAGAUGGCCAUGCACUUAAGCAGACAACCAGGGUCAAUGUUCUUACAUCCAAGACCUCCUCCAAGAUUAUCAUCAAAGAUGCAACCAAGGAGGAUGUUGGAAAGUAUGAGAUUUCUCUGACAAACUCAGUUGGCACGAAGACAGCUGAAGUCUCUGUAAUAAUUCUUGAUAAACCCGGCCCACCUAGCAACAUUAAGGUGGAUGAGUUGAGCGCUGACUUCAUCUCUCUGUCUUGGGAUCCUCCAACUUAUGACGGAGGAUGCCAGAUUAACAACUAUGUGGUGGAAAAGAGAGACACUACCACAACCACAUGGCAGAUAGUUUCAGCCACAGUGGCUAGGACUUCAAUUAAGGUGUCUCGUCUAACUCAGGGAGUAGAAUACCAGUUCCGUAUUGCAGCUGAGAACCGAUAUGGUAAGAGUCAUGCCAUUGACUCUGCUCCUGUCGUUGCCCAGUAUCCUUUCGAGCCUCCUGGCCCUCCAACCAAUCUUCAUGUUGCUCAUGCAACAAAGUAUGGCAUGCUUGUGGAAUGGGGCAGACCUGCAAGUGAUGGUGGAAGCGCUGUUCUUGGUUAUCAUAUAGAAUGCAAAGACCAAAAUAGCCUUGCAUGGACUAAGGUUAGCAGAGGUCUUGUGACUGAGAACCAGUUUAAGAUGACAGGCAUUGAAGAAGGACUGUUUUACCACUUUAGGGUUUAUGCUGAGAAUAUUGCUGGCAUUGGUCCAUGUACUAAGCCUUGUGACCCUGUGGCAGCCAGGAAUCCAUGUGAACCUCCAUGUAACCUUCGAGUCACCAAUAUCACUCGCAACUCAGUGUCCCUCUUCUGGGACAAGCCAGAGUAUGAUGGUGGAGCAAAGAUUACUGGCUACAUUGUUGAGCGUAAAAAGCUUCCCAAAGGCCGCUGGCUGAAAUGCAACUUCACCAAUGUGCAGGACACUUACUUUGACGUCACAGGACUCAAAGAAGAUCUCCAAUAUGAAUUCCAUGUCAUUGCUAAGAACUCUGUAGAGCAACUGAGUGUUCCAUCUGAGAGCACUGGUCCUAUCACAAUCAAGGAUGAUGUUGACCCUCCAACUAUUAUUCUUGAAGAUAAGUUCAGACAGCUGGUUGUCAUUAAGGCUGGAGAGAUCAUCCAGAUUGAUGCUGAAAUUACAGGUCGGCCACUUCCAGUUGUUUCCUGGUCCAAAGAUGGAAAGGAAAUUGAGGCUAAGGCCAGAUGUGAAAUCACUUCAACCAACUUUGCAACCACAUUGAUUGUCAGAGAUGCAAUCAGGAGGGACUCUGGCCAGUACGUCCUGACCCUGCACAAUGUGGCAGGAACAAGAUCUGUGGCCAUCAACUGUAAGGUUCUGGAUAGACCUGGACCGGCCUCAGGUCCUUUGGCUGUGUCUGGCCUCACAGCAGAAAAAUGCACCCUUACAUGGGGACCUCCUCAGGAAAAUGGUGGUGCUGAAAUCAUGCAUUAUAUAGUGGAGAAGAGAGAGACCAGCCGCCUGGCCUGGACUCUGGUUUAUGGUGACAUGAAGGCAACCACCUGUAAAGUUACCAAGCUGCUCAAAGGAAAUGAGUACAUCUUCAGAGUCAGAGGAGUCAACAAAUAUGGGGAUGGUGAGGCCCUGGAGAGUGAACCAACUAAGGCCAUGGAUCCAUUCACUGUGCCUGCAGCUCCCACUAAUGUCCAAGUAACUGCAGUUACCAGUGAGGCAAUGACCAUCUGUUGGGAAAGACCAGUUUCUGAUGGUGGUAGCAGUAUCUCUGGCUAUGUCAUUGAGAAGCGCGAGAAGACUGGCCUUCGCUGGUGCCGUGUCAACAAGAAACCUGUUUAUGACCUCAGAGUGAAAGCCUCUCACCUUCGUGAGGGAUUCGAGUAUGAGUACAGGGUGUUUGCAGAAAACUCUGCUGGCCUUAGUGCUCCAAGCAUCCCUUGCCCUCUCACCAAAGCUGAAGACCCACAGUUCCUACCCUCACCUCCUGCCAAGCCUAAGAUCAUCGACUCAACAAAGACGACCGCCACCCUGUCAUGGAAUAAACCGCUGUUUGAUGGUGGAGCACCUGUGACAGGAUACAGAGUUGAAUACAGGAAGUCUUUGGAUGAUGAAUGGUUUGUUGGAGUUCAAAACACUACAAACACUGAGUUUACAGUGGUGGGACUGACACCUGGAGCUGAAUAUGUGUUUGUCGUUAAGUCUAUUAACAAGAUUGGAGUCAGUGAGCCAAGUCCAGAGUCAGACAGACAAGUUGCUAAAGAAAGAGAAGAGGAGCCAGUAUUUGACAUCAGCAAUGAGAUGAGGAAGACUCUCAUUGUGAGAGACGGCAGCUCAUUUACCAUGACAGUACCUUUCAGAGGCAAACCCAUUCCCUCUGUUACAUGGACUAAGCCUGAUGUUGACCUCAGAGUCCGUGCUGUUAUAGACACUACAGACACCUUCUCCUCCAUUACCUUAGAGCAAGCAACUCGGAAUGACUCAGGCAAAUACACAGUCACCUUGUCCAGUGUAGCUGGAACCGCCUCAUUGACACUCAGUGUCAGAGUCCUGGACUCCCCUGGACCACCUUCUAAUGUAGAGGUUAAGGAAGUGACCAAGACCUCUGCUACUGUAACCUGGGACACACCUGAGAAUGAGGGAGGAGGACCAGUCAAGAACUACCUCAUUGAUAUUCGUGAGGCAAGCAAGAAAGGCUGGACCAGGCUGACAGAUACAUGCCACAGACUCACAUACAAGGUGACAGAACUUCAGGAGGGAGGAGUCUACUAUUUCAGGGUGACAGGCGAGAAUGAGUACGGCAUUGGUGUCCCUGCAGAAUCCAAAGAGGGAACAAAGAUCUCAGAAAAACCAAGCCCACCACCAAAGCUGGGUGUCACAGAAGUGUCCAAGGAGAGUGUGUCUCUAGCCUGGGCCAAACCAGAACAAGAUGGAGGUAGCAGAAUCACUGGCUACCUGGUGGAAGCUAUGGAGAAGGGCCAGGAGAAGUGGGUCAAGUGUGGAACAACCAAGUUCAUCCACUUUGCAGUGUCUGGUCUGAGGGAGAAUGCUGAGUACUUCUUCAGAGUGAGAGCUGAGAACAUUGCUGGAUUCAGUGAUGCUAAGGAAAUGGUCACCCCUGUUAUGGUCAAAGACCAGCUUGAAUCUCCUGAGAUCAACAUGAAGGACUUCCCCCACAACACAGUUUAUGUUAGAGCUGGCUCCACUCUGAAGUGUGAGAUUCCUCUUGCAGGCAAGCCUUUGCCUAAAGUCACUCUCUCCAAGGAUAACGUGCUGCUCAAGUCGACAAUGAGGUUCAACUCAGAAGUCACCCCUGACAGCAUCAAGAUCAUUCUGCGUGAGAGCAUUGCUGGAGAUUCAGGACGCUACGAUAUCAUUGCUGCCAACUCCACUGGCACAACCAAGUCUUUUGUCAACAUUGUAGUACUUGAUCGCCCAAGUGUCCCACUUGGACCUGUGGAGCUAUUUGAUGUCACAGAAGACAGCGUUAGCCUGAAGUGGCUUCCACCAGCAUAUGAUGGUGGCAGCCCCAUCACCAACUACAUUAUCCAGAAGAGAGAGACAACAACAGCCAAUUGGAUGGAUGUCUCUUCAGCUGUAGCCCGCUGCACAAUGAAGAUUAUGAAACUGACCACUGGUCUGGAGUACCAGUUCAGAAUCAGGGCUGAGAACAGAUAUGGAAUCAGUGAGCACCUGGACUCACCUACUGUCUCUGUUAGCCUUCCUUACACUAUUCCUGAUGCUCCAUCGACUCCUGAGAUCACUGCUGUAACAAGAGAGACCAUCACUGUAGCCUGGAAGGAGCCCAAGUCAGAUGGAGGCAGCCAUGUGUUUGGUUACCACCUCCAGAUGAAAGACAGGAACAGCAUCCUUUGGCAGAGAGUCAACAAAAUGGUGAUCCGUGCAACUCAUUUCAAGGUCACCAGCAUCAAUGCUGGACUUAUUUAUGAGUUCAAGGUUGCCGCAGAGAAUGCUGCUGGAAUCAGCGCCUUCAGCAAGAUUUCUGAUGCAGUACUGGCCAUCGAUGCCUGUGAGCCGCCCGUCAACCUGCGCAUCAACGACAUCACCAAGAACUCCAUUAGCUUGGUUUGGGAAAAGCCCAAUUAUGAUGGUGGAUCCCCGAUAACAGGCUACAUCAUUGAAAAGAAAGAGGGUGUCAGUGCCAAGUGGUCCAAGGCUAACCUCACCAAUGUCACAGACUGUCGCUAUACUGUGACUGGCCUUACCCAAGAUGAGACCUAUGAGUUCAGGGUCAUGGCAAAGAAUGCAGUUGGCUCAGUGAGCAACCCAUCCAUGACUGCUGGACCGGCCACAUGUGUAGACACCUACGGUGCCCCAGAGAUUGAAAUACCUCAAGAGUACCUCCAAGAGGUGAAGUAUCGGGCUGGCUCUGAUGUGGAGCUGAAGUUCAAUAUCACAGCCAAACCUGCUCCUACCAUUGAGUGGUCAAAGGAUGGCAGAGAGCUCAAACCUACUGCACAGCUCUCUUUCAAACAUACCUUUGAGUCGACCAGUUUGUUCCUUAAGGACACCACUCGUCUGAACUCCGGAGCCUAUGAGGUCAGGCUGAAGAAUUCCCUGGGAUCUACAUGUGCCUUAGUCAGGCUACUCAUUCAAGAUAAACCAGGUCCUCCUGCUGGUGAGAUACAGUUCAAGAAGGUCACGGCUGACAACAUCACCAUCAUGUGGUCCCCACCUGCUGAUGAGGGUGGUGCCAUGGUGACACAUUACAUUGUAGAGAAGAGAGAAAGCAGCAGAGUGAUGUGGUCAAUUGUGUCUGAGAAACUGAUGGACUGCAUAGUUAACGUACCCAGACUCAUCCAGGGCAACGAGUACAUCUUCAGAGUCCGUGGAGUAAACAAGUAUGGCAUCGGAGACCCACUGGAGUCUGAGCCUGUAGUUGCCAGGAAUGCAUUUGUUCCUCCCAGUGAGCCAUCAAAGCCUAAAGUGACAAUGAUCACCAAGUCCACCAUGACUGUAACCUGGGAAAGACCAGCACUUGAUGGAGGAAGUGACAUUGAUGGCUACUACCUGGAGAAGAGGGAGAAGAAGAGCCUGCAGUGGUUCAAGGUGGUGAAGGGCACCAUCAGAGACACAAGGCAGAAGGUCACUAACCUGGUGGAGAACAAUGAGUACCAGUACAGAGUUUGUGCUGUCAACAAGGCUGGAGCAGGAAACUACUCUGAAGCCUCUGACCUCUACAAGGCUUUCGACCCCAUUGAUUUGCCUGGUGAGCCAUCCAAGCUGCGUGUUGUUGACUCCACAAAGACUUCCAUCACCAUUGGCUGGGAGAAGCCUGUGUAUGAUGGUGGCAGUAAAAUUACUCACUACCUGUUGGAACAGAUGAACUCAGAGGAAAAAGAAUGGGUUAUCACAAACCCUAAGGUCACUGCCUGCGAGUAUGUGGUGUCUCACCUCAAACCUGGAAUCUAUUACUACUUCAGAGUUUCUGCCGUCAACUGCAAAGGCAAAGGAGAAGACAUCAAAAUGUACCAGCCUGUGCAAGCCAAGGAUAUCUUGGAGGAGGCAGAUUUGGACUUGGAUGUUCCAAUGACAACUCAGUACACAGCCAGGUCUGGACGUGAUGUUGAGGUCUUUAUUCCCCUGAAGGGACGACCUGCCCCCAAUGUCACAUGGCGCCGUGGUGAUCGCAACAUGGCUGGCGACAACCGCUUCACCAUUACCAGCACUGAGCGGGCAACAACCCUCCUCAUUCCCAAAGUCACCCGUGAUGACUGUGGCAAGUACUUGCUGGAGAUUGAGAAUGGUGUCGGAGAACCCAAGAUAAUCACUGUGUCUCUCAAGGUCCUCGACAGUCCAUCAACCUGCCAGAAACUGAUCGUCAAGAACGUGACAAGAGGAAAGCUGACCCUUAGCUGGGAGGCUCCUCUCAUUGAUGGUGGUUCCCCUGUUUCUAACUUCAUUGUUGAGAAGAAAGCCUCAACCAUGAAAGCUUAUCAGGUCAUCACCAACGAGUGUGCCAGCACCACCUACAAAGUGACAGGACUGGAGGAGGAUGUGGCUUACUUCUUCCGUGUGUCUGCUGAAAACGAGUUUGGUGUGGGUGAUACUUGUGAAACCACGGAGCCUGUGAGAGCUGCAGAAACUCCAGGAGCUGUUAAAGAGUUGGUUAUGCUGGACUCCACAAAGACCUCUGUCACCUUGCAGUGGGCCAGACCUGACCAUGAUGGUGGAAGCUACAUCACUGAAUACAUCAUUGAGAAGAGAACCAAGGAAGACCCCAACUGGACAUUGGGUGCAACAUGCAAGCGUUGCAGCUGUGAGGUCACAGGACUGAAGGAAAAUGCUAUCAUGGACUUCAGAGUGUUUGCCAAAAAUGAGAAGGGCAGAAGUGACUUCUCCCAGAUUGGUCCAAUCACUGUGGUGGACUUCAUCAUUCCACCAGAGGCCAACCUUGUUGACUAUCCCAAUGGAGAGCUGGCUGUUCGUAUUGGUCAGAACAUCCACAUUGAGCUACCUUUCAAGGGUAAACCACGACCAGCAAUCAGCUGGCUGAAGGAUAAUUUACCUCUGAAGGAAAGCGAAAAGGUUCGCUUCAGGACCACAGACAACAAGACAUCAGUCACAGUCAGAGGAGCCAAGAAGGAACAUGCUGGCCAGUACACUCUGGUUUUGGACAACAGAACCAUUAAAAACUACUUUGACAUUAAUGUGACUACGCUGGGACCCCCCUCUGUGCCUGUUGGCCCGAUCCGCUUUGAUGAGAUCAAAGCUCAGAGUAUCAUCAUCUCAUGGGAUGAGCCAAAGGAAGAUGGAGGCGGCGAGAUCACCUGCUACAGUGUGGAGAAACGUGAGACAUCCCAGGCCAACUGGAAGAUGGUCUGCUCCAGCGUUGUCAGGACCACUUUCAAGAUUCCCAACCUGGUCAAGGGAACUCAGUACCAGUUCAGAGUCCGUGCAGAGAACAAGUAUGGAGUCAGUGAACCUCUCACCUCUCCUGAUGUUAUUGCUCAGCACCAGUACAAACCUCCAGGUCCCCCUGGAAAGCCAGUCGCCUUCAAUGUCACCAGUGAUGGUAUGACUAUCAAGUGGGACGCUCCAGGCUUUGAUGGAGGAUCUCCAAUUUUGGGCUAUCAUGUUGAGAAGAAGGACAGGAAUAGCCUGCUGUGGCAGAAGGUGAACUCCACCAUCAUCUCUAACAAAGAAUACAGGAUAAUUGGCCUCAUGGAGGGUCUGGAGUACUCCUUUAGAGUCUAUGCUGAGAAUAAUGCUGGUCUGAGUCCUGUUAGCGAGCAGAGCAAACAUGCACUCGCCAUCUCCCCUGUUGAUCCACCUGGCACACCUGUCUGCAUCGAUGUGACCAGAGACUCAGUCACCCUGCAGUGGGAAAUCCCCAAGAGAGAUGGUGGCAGCAAAAUUGUUGCCUACAGUGUGGAAAGACGACAAGGCAGAGGAAAAUGGCUGAGGUGCAACUUCACUGAUAUUAGUGAGACUCAGUUCACUGUAACCGGACUGUCUGCUGGAGAUAGAUUUGAGUUCAGAGUGAUUGCGAGGAACGCCGUGGGCACAGUCAGUCCACCAUCUAAUUCCUCUGCAUACAUCAUGACCAAGGAUGAGAGCAUUUCUCCAGAGAUUGUGUGGAAUCCAGACCAGGUUCUCACUAUGAAGGCAGGUGAGCAUGUUAAGCUCGGCUGCAGCAUCACUGGGCGUCCUGUUCCCCAGGUUGUCUGGUACAAGGAUGGCAAAGAGAUUGACAAGAGGACAAUGAUUGACAUUGAGAUUACCACUGGCAUUGGAACCAGCAGUCUAUUCGUCCGUGAUGCAGACAGAAACCACCGUGGCAUCUACACUGUAGAGGCCAAGAACAGCUCUGGUACUAGGAAGGCUGAUGUCAACGUCAGAGUACAAGAUACUCCUGGACCAGUUGAAGGUCCAAUCCGCUUUACCGGCAUCACAGCUGAGAAGUGUACUGUGUGGUGGAAUCCACCAGAGAACGACGGCUGUGCUGUUAUCACACACUAUGUGGUGGAGAAGAGGGAGACAUCCAGGAUCUCCUGGGCCAUGGUCACUUCCAAAUGUGAAGCCUGUUCUUACAAUGCCUCUAACCUCAUUAAGGGCAAUGAGUACCAAUUCAGAAUCUCUGCUGUCAACAAGUUUGGUGUUGGCAAACCACUGGACUCCGAGCCUUUCAUUGCACAGAUGCAAUACACUGUACCUGAUGCCCCUGGUACCCCAGAUGCCACCCAUGUGACUGGAAACAGUAUCACCCUGUGCUGGACCAGGCCCAGGUCAGAUGGAGGCAACGAGAUCAAACAUUACAUCCUUGAGAGAAGAGAGAAAAAGAGUCUCCGCUGGGUGAAGGUAUCCUCUAAGCGGCCAAUCACAGAGCUGAGACAUCGUGUCAUCAACCUCACAGAGGGCAACGAGUACGAGUUCCGUGUGAUGGCUGAAAAUGGUGCUGGUGUUGGACCAGCUAGCAGUACCUCCAGGCUCUUCAAAUGCAGAGAACCAACCAGUACCCCCAGUGCUCCAACAGUUAUCAAGGUUAUUGACUCCACAAAGUCCUCAAUCACACUGGAAUGGACCAAGCCAGUCUUUGAUGGCGGCAUGGAAAUCAUUGGUUAUAAUAUUGACAUGUGCAAGGCCAGUCUUGAAGAGUGGCACAGAGUCAACAACCAGAUUUGUAUCCACACCAGGUACACUGCCAAGGGCUUGGUGCCUGGAGAGUUGUACAAAUUCAGGGUCAGUGCCGUAAAUGGUUCUGGAGAGGGCGAAUCCUCAGUGAUGCCUAACGCUGUUCAAGCUCUUGACAGACUUACAUCUCCUGAAAUUGAUAUCGGUGCCGAUUUCAAGCAGACUCACAUUGUGAAGAAUGGCGGCAUUGUCACCCUCACAGUCGCCUUCCGUGGCAAACCAUCUCCUCUUGCCACCUGGUCUAAGGUGGAUGGUGAGCUGCCUGUCAUGGCAGAUAUCAACACCACAGACUCCUCCUCUACUCUGACCAUUGAGGGCUGUACCAGGUAUGAGGCUGGCAAAUACACCCUGUCCCUGGAGAACAGCAGUGGCCGCAAGUCCAUCACAUUCACUGUCAAAGUCCUGGACACACCUGGACCUCCAGGAGCCAUCAGCUUCAAAGAUGUGACCCGGGGAGCCUUGACAAUGAUGUGGGAUGCUCCCACUAAUGAUGGCGGAGCUCGAAUCCACCAUUACAUUGUGGAUAAGCGUGAGGCCAGCCGUCUGGCCUGGCAGGAGGUCAGCACUAAGUGCAGUCGCCAGAUGAUUCGGGUCACUGGCCUGGAUAUCGGUGUACCUUAUCUCUUCAGGGUGAGUGCUGUCAACCAGUAUGGCCAGGGAGAAGCUCACGAGAUGACUGAACCUGUUAUUGCCACAGAAGAACCUGCACCACCCAAGAGGGUGGAUGUUGUUGACACCAGCAGCUCCACAGCCUCUCUGGUGUGGCUGAAGCCUGAACACGAUGGAGGAAGCCGCGUUAGGGGCUACAUUGUUGAAUUUAGAGCUAAAGGCACAGACCGCUGGGUUGUUGCUGGAGAGAGUAAGUCUCUGAAGAUGCUGGUGGACGGUCUGAUAGAGAAUACUGAGUAUGACUUCAGAGUCAAGGCAAAGAAUGAUGCUGGAAUCAGCGAUCCUCAGGGAACCUUUGGCUCUGUGGUCAUCAAGGAGCCUCGCAUCGAACCAACUGCUGACCUCAGCAGCAUUACUAACCAGCUCAUCACAUGCAAGCUCUCCAACAGCUUCACUAUUGACAUCCCCAUCAGUGGCAGACCUGCACCCAAGGUCACCUGGAAGCUGGAGGAGAUGAAGCUGAAGGAAACUGAUAGAGUUGUUAUCAGAACCACAAAGGAGAGAAGCACACUGAUUGUGAGAGACAGCAAGAGAAGUGACAGCGGCAAAUACUACCUGGUCCUGGAAAAUGCUGCUGGUGUGAAGACAUUCACAGUGACGGUGAAUAUUGUUGGCAGACCAAGUCCUCCCAUAGGCCCUGUGGAAAUAUCCGGGGUCUCCUCAGAGUCCUGCAGCCUUGCCUGGUCUGAGCCAGCUGAUGAUGGUGGCAGUGACAUCACCAACUACAUCGUGGAAAAACGAGAGUCUGGCUCUGCUUCUUGGCAGGUGGUCAACUCUAGUGUGAAGAGAACCACCAUCAAAGUGACCCAUCUUACCAAGUACAUGGAGUACACCUUCAGAGUGUGUGCUGAGAACAAGUUUGGAGUCAGCAAGUCCACAGAGUCUGCUGCCGUAGUCAUUGAACAUCCAUUCGUUCCUCCAAGUCCUCCAACUCGUCCCGAUGUAGUUUCUGUGUCUGCAAAUGCCAUCAGCAUCAAAUGGGAUGUCCCCUAUGCUGAUGGUGGCAGCAAAGUGUCAGGCUACUGGAUUGAAAAGAAAGAGAGGAACACAAUCCUGUGGGUGAGGGAGAACAAGCUGCCUUGCCUGGAGUGUCACUACAAGGUAUCCAACCUGAUUGAGGGCCUGGAGUAUCAGUUCAGGGUCUAUGCCAUGAACAUUGCUGGACUCAGCAAGGCUAGUGAGGCCUCCAGACCAGUGGUUGCCCUAAAUCCUGUUGAUCCUCCUGGUAAACCAGAGGUCACAGACAUCACCCGCUCCUCUGUGUCGUUGUGUUGGACCGUGCCUUUCAACGAUGGCGGCAGUAAGAUUGUUGGUUACGUUGUUGAGAAGAAAGUCUACAGCACAGAUGAGUGGGAUGACAACCGCUGGCUCAAGUGCAACUACACCACCAUCACUGAGAACUACUUCACUGUCACUAACCUGGGCGAGGGAGAGACCUUGGAGUACCGCGUCAUCGCCAAGAACGCAGCUGGAGUCCACAGUGUGCCCUCCGAGUCUACUGGACCUGUGACAUGCAAGGAUGAGUACUCUCCUCCCAAAGCUGAACUGGACAGCAAGCUUGUGGGUGAGGUGGUCACCGUCACGGCCGGCUCUGACGUGGUCCUGGAUGGCACUGUGGGUGGAAAACCAGAGCCUACAGUAUACUGGGCCAAGGGUGAUAAGAUUCUGGAGCUUGGUGAGAAAUAUUCCCUUACCUACACCGCCACCAGAGCCAUGGCUGUCAUCAAGAACUGUGACAGAUUUGAUACAGGAAGGUACAUUCUGACUGUGAAGAACGCCAGCGGGACCAAGACUGCCGCCGUCAGCGUUAAAGUCCUUGACACUCCUGGACCUCCAGCUGAUAAGAUCACCAUCAGCAGAGUGACAGAGGAGAAGUGUACGGUGUCCUGGAAGAUUCCUCUUGAAGAUGGUGGUGACACCGUCACCCACUACAUCGUGGAGCGUCGUGAGACCAGCAGAUUGAACUGGGUCAUCAUGGAGACCGAGUGUAAGACGCUUUCCUGUGUGAGCUCCAGGCUCAUCAAGAACAACGAGUAUAUCUUCAGAGUCAGGGGCGUUAAUAAAUACGGCCCUGGUGUCCCUCUGGAGUCUGAGCCCAUCAUUGCCAGGAACGCCUACACCAUACCAUCCCCACCAGGCACUCCCGAAGCCACAGCGGUGGGUAAGGAGCAUGUCAUCAUCGAGUGGCUGAAGCCAGAGAGUGAUGGAGGCAGUGAGAUCAAAAACUACAUUGUGGAUAAGCGAGAGAAGAGCAGCACCAGGUGGACUCGAGUGAAUAAGACGUACACAAUCUAUGACACUCGUCUGAAGAUCACUGGCCUGAUAGAGGGAAGUGAGUACCAGUUUAGGGUGACAGCUGUUAAUACUGCUGGAGACAGCCAGCCAAGUGAUGCCUCACCAUACAUCCUCUGCAAAGAUCCCACAUAUACCCCAGCUCCUCCAUCAAUGCCUCGCAUCACCGACACCACAAAGCACAGCAUCAGCAUGACCUGGACCAGGCCCAUGUAUGACGGUGGCUCAGACGUCACCGGCUACGUGGUGGAGAUCCUGGAGGAAGGCUCUGAGCAGUGGUACCGUGCCACCACCAAGGCUCUCAAGACCAACGAGUACGUGGCAGCUGGCCUCACCGCAAAUAAGAAGUACAGAUUCAGGGUCGCUGCUGUCAACAGCAACGGCACAGGGGAGUUCAGCGAACCCAGUGCUGAGGUGGAGCCACAAGAGAGAAUUGAAAUGCCCGACCUGGAGUUGGCAGAUGACCUGAAGAAAACCGUGUGUCUGCGUGCUGGUGGAACCUUGCGUCUGGUUGUCUUUGUUACCGGCAGACCGGCACCAGUGGUGGCCUGGAGAAAGACCGGAGUAGAACUUCAGAGCCGCGGCUUUAUUGAAACUACAGACAGCUACACAUCCCUGAUGGUGGAGAAGGUUAACCGCUACGACUCUGGGAAAUACGUUGUGGAGGCAGAGAACCCAUCUGGCAAGAAGACUGCCACCAUCUUGGUUAAAGUCUACGACACUCCCGGACCUCCUGGUUCAGUGAAGGUGAAGGACUACACUAAAGAAUCUGUUGUGAUCACUUGGGACGUCCCAAGCAUUGAUGGUGGCGCUCAUGUCAGCAACUACAUUGUGGAGAAACGUGAAGCUAGCAUGAAGUCAUAUAAGACAGUCACCACUGAGUGUAGAAAGACCCUGUUCAGAAUCACCGGUCUGGAGGAGGGUGUGCACUACUUCUUCAGAGUCCUGCCUGAGAACAUCUAUGGCGUUGGUGAGCCUUGCGAGACUGCCGAGGCUGUGUUGGUGUGUGAAGUGCCUUCCGUGCCUCUGAACCUCCAGGUUGUCGAUGUCACCAAAUCCACGGUCACUCUGCACUGGGAGAAGCCACUGCAUGAUGGCGCUAGCAGGCUCACGGGCUACAUCAUCGAGACAUGCAAGGUGGGCACGGAUAGGUGGAGCACAGUUGCAACAGUUAAGUCCUCUGUUACCCAGCACACCAUCCAGUCCUUGACGGAGAAUGACCAGUACCUCUUCAGGAUCAGAGCCACCAACAGCAGGGGAGCCAGCGAGCCCAUGGACACGGUCACUCCUGUCACCAUCCAGGACAUUAAGAUUGCACCUUCGAUCGACAUGACCAACAUUCCUCAGAAGAUCGUCCAUGUGCAUCGUGGCAAACCCAUCGAUCUCAACAUCCCUAUCAAGGCCAAACCUCAGCCUGUCUGCUCCUGGUUCUUUGGUGGCAACAAACUGAAAGAAAGCAUUGAUCGCAUCAAGAUCGACAGCAACGGCAAGUACACACAUCUGGUCAUCCGUGAAACCACCAUCAAGGACACUGGAGACUACACACUGGAGGUGAAGAAUGCUGUUGGAAUGGCUACCGAGGUCAUCAAAGUCAUCAUCCUUGACAAACCUGGCAUCCCAGUUGGCCCUGUAAAGAUUGAGGAGGUUGACGGUGUGUCAGUAACAGUCAGCUGGGAACCUCCAGAGAUGGACGGUGGUGCCAACGUCAGCGGCUAUGUAGUGGAGCAGCGUGAUGCCCACCGGCCAGGCUGGACCACUGUCUCAGAGUCGGUAACCAGACCAUGCUUCAAGUUCACCAGACUCAGCGAAGGAACUGAGUAUGUGUUCCGUGUUGCUGCCAUGAACCGUUUCGGCAUUGGUGGCUUCCUCCAGUCUGAGGUUGUGGAGUGCAAGAGUGCAAAGACUAUUCCUGGACCUCCAAGCAGACCAGAGGUGCUUGAUGUUACCCAUGAGGGCAUGACCCUUACAUGGCAACCACCUGAAGACAACGGUGGCUCCACUAUUGCUGGCUACAUCAUUGAACGCAAGGAGGCUGGUUCUGACAGGUGGUUGAGAAUCAACAAGAACCCUGUCACCAUGACUCGAUACCGCUCCUCUGGCCUGAUUGAAGGCUUGGAGUAUGAACAUCGUGUCACUGCAAUUAACUCCAGAGGAGCUGGCAAGCCUAGCGAGAGCUCUGCCAUCACUGUCGCCAUGGAUCCUAUCGAGCCUCCAGGUCCUCCAGUUCAGCCCAGAGUCACCGAUAGCACCAGGACUUCGGUGUCUCUGGCUUGGCUGCCGCCUGAAGAGGAGGGUGGUUCUGUCAUUACCGGUUACUAUAUCGAGAUGCAGAAGGUGGACCAGGUGGAAUGGACCCUGUGCAAUACCACUCCCACCAAGAUGUGCGAGUACAUCCUUACCCAUAUGCCCCAGGGAGCAGAGUACAAGUUCAGGGUAAUCGCCUGCAACGCUGGUGGUGCUGGAGAACCUGCUGAGAUUCCUGGAGUGGUCAAAGUCCAGGAGAUGCUUGUUUAUCCUGACUUUGAGCUUGAUAGUAAAUAUGAGGAGGGCUACGUGGUUCGGCAGGGCGGAGUCGUCCAUCUGUCUGUGCCUAUCAAGGGCAAACCUAUUCCUACAUGCAAAUGGACCAAGGAUGGACGGGACAUCUCCCACAGAGCCAUGAUCGCCACUCAUGAUGACAUUACUGAACUGGUCAUCAAGGAAGCAUACAAAGAGGACUCUGGUACCUAUGACCUGGUGCUUGAGAACAAAUGUGGCAGGAAGGUUGCAUACAUCAAGGUGAAGGUGAUUGGUCGCCCUGAUGCUCCAGAAGGACCACUCGAGUUUGACGACAUUCAGGCCAGAUCAGUCCGUGUCAGCUGGAGGCCACCGUCAGAUGAUGGUGGCUCCGACAUCCUUGGUUACAUCGUGGAAAGGCGUGAGGUACCCAAGGCUGCCUGGUACACUGUAGACUCCAGGGUGACUGAGAGCUCCCUGAUUGUGAAGGGCCUGAAGGAAAACGUGGAGUAUCACUUCAGAGUCUUUGCUGAGAACCAGUUUGGAGUCAGCAGAUCUCUCAAGUCUGAUGAGUCUGUCAAGCCGAAGACACCACUUUGCCCACCAGAACCUCCCAGCAACCCACCAGAGAUCAUGGAUGUGUCCAAGUCCAUGGUGUCCUUGUCCUGGGCCCGUCCCCGGGAUGACGGAGGCUCCCGCAUCACAGGAUACUUUGUGGAAAGGAGAGAGGUGUCAACGGAGAAGUGGGUACGUCACAACAAGACCCACAUUACCACUACCAUGUACAACGUCACUGGUCUCAUCCCUGAUGCAGAGUACAUGUUCAGAGUGGUGGCUCAGAAUGACAUUGGACAGAGUGAGCCUGGUCCUGCUUCUGAGUCUGUGAUCUGCAAAGAUCCAUUUGACAAACCUAGCCAACCAGGAGAGAUUGACAUCAUUUCCAUUACUAAAGACUGCAUCACCAUCCACUGGCUCAGACCUGAACAUGAUGGUGGCAAGGAGAUCCUGGGUUACUGGAUUGAGUUCAGGGAGGCUGGAGAAAGUUCCUGGAAGAAAUGCAACAAGGAGCGCUCCAAGGAUCGUCAGUUUACCAUGGGUGGCUUAAUGGAGGCCACUGAGUACGAGUUUAGAAUCUUUGCAGAGAAUGAGACAGGACUCAGCAGGCCACGCCGCACACCUAUGGGCAUCAAGACCAAACUGAGUGUUGGUGAGGCCCCAGCUCUGAAGGAAGAGAUCCAGGACGUUACCACCAAACUUGGCGAGUCUGGAACUCUGACUUGUGGCAUCAUUGGUAGACCUUUGCCUGAGAUCAAAUGGUACCGCUACGGCAAGGAGCUGAUCCAGAGCCGCAAGUACAAGAUGAGCUCAGAUGGUCGUAACCACUCCCUCAGCAUCCUGACAGACGAACAGGAAGAUGAAGGUCUGUACACCUGCAGAGCUAUUAACGAGGCUGGAGAGAUUGAAACCAGCGGUAAACUGCGCCUACAAGCUGCUCCCCAGUUCCAUCCUGGUUUCCCUCUGAAGGAGAAAUACUAUGCUGGGGCAGGCACUAGCCUCCGCCUUCAUGUCGUCUACAUUGGACGUCCCAUCCCUCAGAUCAUGUGGUUCUAUGGCAAGAAGCCUCUAAACGCUUCUGAGAAUGUGAUCAUCGAAAACACAGAGAGCUACUCCCACCUCGUGGUUAGGAACGCCCAGAGGAAGACUAACGCUGGCCGCUACAAAGUGCAGCUCAGCAAUGCCUUCGGAACCAUCGACACUGUCCUGCGUGUUGAAAUCCAAGAUAAGCCAUGCAUGCCCGAGGGUCCACUCAUGGUUGAUGCCCUGUUGAAGAGCUCAGUAGUCAUCAGCUGGAAGGCUCCAACAGAUGACGGAGGUUCCAUGGUCACCAACUACCUUGUGGAGAAGCGAGAGGCCAAAGAAGGGGAGCAGUGGCACCUUGUGUCCUCUUCUGUUUCUGGCACCACUUGCCGUGUUCCCAACCUGACUGAGAAUGCUGGCUACUACUUCAGAGUCUCUGCCCAGAACCAGUACGGUGUGAGUGAAGCUUUGGAGAUCCAAUCAGUGCUCAUUAUCAAGAGUCCAUUUGAGAAACCAGGUAUUCCACAGCAGCCCUUCAUCAUCAGCUCUACCAAGGACUCCUGUGUUGUCUGCUGGAAGCCACCAAGCAGCGAUGGUGGAGCUAAAAUCACUACUUACUACCUUGAAAAACGUGAAAAGAAACAAAACAAGUGGAUGUCUGUAACCACCAAGAAGUUUACAGAGACCAGCUUUGAAGUCAAGGGCCUGAUUGAGGGCUUUGAGUAUGAAUUCCGUGUCAAGUGUGAAAAUAUGGGCGGUGAGAGUGACUGGAGUGAGAUCUCAGCGCCUAUCAUCCCCAAGUCUGAACAGGCACCUCGUGCUCCUGCAUUCAGAGAGGAGAUUAGGGACAUGACCGUGAAAUACCAUGCAAAUGCUACAUUUGUCACCAAGGUGAUUGGACAUCCCAAGCCUAUGGUGAAAUGGUACCGUAGUGGAAAGGAGAUCCUGGCAGAUGGAACCAAGAUCAAAGCUCUGGAGUUCAAGGGAGGCUACUACCAGCUGGUUAUUACUGCUGCUGAUGAAAACGAUGCUUCAGUUUACCAAGUCAGAGCAACUAACUCCUCAGGAUCCAUCUCAACAACAGCCAACCUGGAGGUGGAAGUUCCUGCCAAGAUCCACCUGCCCAAAGAACUCCAGGGUAUGGGGGCAGUCCAUGCUGUCCGUGGUGAUCACAUCACCAUUAAGAUCCCCAUCUCUGGAAAGCCUGAGCCAGCUGUGACUUGGCAGAAGGGUCAGGAGAUCCUGUCCAACUCUCCUUACCACCAAGUCAUAACCACCAGGUCUUUCACCUCACUGGUCUUCCAGAAAGGCAUGCAGAGGAGGGAUACUGGCUACUACAUCAUUACUGCAAAGAACAGGUUUGGAACAGACAAACAAACCAUUGAGGUGAAUGUGGCUGACAUACCUGAGGCUCCAAAGGCACUAGUCGUCAGCGACAUUGCCCGGGACUCAAUCACUUUGACCUGGGAGCCUCCUGCUAAUGAUGGUGGAAGUGACAUUAUUGGCUACAUCGUUGAGAAGUGUCCAACCACUGCUGAUAGGUGGAUCCGUGCUGGACAGACCACCGCCUGCAGCAUCCAGAUCAUCAACAUAUUUGGAAAGACAAAGUACCAGUUCCGUGUCAUUGCUGAAAACCAGUUUGGCCUGAGCCCACCCUCUCAACCAACUGAGCCCAUUACAACCAAGGAAGACAAGUCUGUGAUUAGGAACUAUGAUGAGGAAGUUGAUGAAACCAGAGAGAUAACCAAGGGGGAGGCUCCAUUCUACAAGGUGAAGGAGCUGUCAUCCAAGUACACCAUCUCUGAAGAACUUGCUCGCUGCCAGUUUGGAGCUGUUCAUCGCUGUGUAGAGAUUGAGACAAAGAAGACCUUUAUGGCUAAAUUUAUCAAGGUCAAAGGAACUGACCGGGAGUUGGUUCUCAGGGAAAUUGAAGCACUCAAUGCAGCAAGGCACAAGAAUGUCAUUUACCUUCAUGAAUACUUUGAAAGCAUGGAGGAGAUAAUCCUCAUCUUUGAAUUCAUAUCUGGAGUUGACAUCUUUGAGCGCCUCGGUACCUUCAACUUUGAGCUGUCAGAGCAAGAGAUUGUCCGCUACCUGAGACAAGUCUGCUCUGCUCUUAAGUUUAUGCAUAGCCACAACUUUGGUCACUUUGACAUCCGCCCAGACAACAUUGUCUACACAACAAGGAGAAGCAAUAACCUCAAGAUCAUUGAGAUGGGCCAGUCCAGGCUGCUGGUGCCUGGAGACAACAUCAGAUUGACAUUCUCAGCUCCAGAGUACUAUGCCCCUGAGGUGCACCGCUCCGACCAGGUCACAACUGCCACUGAUAUGUGGUCUGUUGGUGUUCUGGCCUAUGUUCUGCUCAGUGGCCUUAAUCCAUUUGCAGCCGAGUCCACCACAAAGAUGAUAGAGAACAUCUGCAACUGUGAGUACGUCUUUGAUCGUGAAGCAUUUAAGGACAUCAGCCUGGAGGCUAUGGACUUUGUGGACAGACUUUUAGUCAAGGACAGGAAGCUCCGUAUGACUGCUCAUGAGGCACUGGAGCAUCCAUGGCUCAAGAUGAAGAUUGAGCAUGUUAGCAACAAGGUCAUUAGGACAUUGAGACACAGAAGGUACUAUCAGAAUCUGGUAAAGAAGACGGAUACCAUUGUAUCAGCAGCUCGUGUUGCCUAUGGAGGAGCCUUCAAAAACCAGAGAGGACUGGCCAUUGGCAGAGUGAAGAUUGGAAGCGAGUACAGAGGCCUCCGUGCUGGUCCUGUCAUACAUGGAUCAGCUGAGGAAGGUGGCUAUGUGAGGUUCACUUGUAGCAUGGUGAACUAUGACAAGAGUACCCAGGUCACCUGGUACUUUGGAAACCGUCAGCUACACCAAAGCGCCAAGUAUGAAAUCACUUACAGCAAUGGUUUUGCCAGCAUCUAUGUAAAGGACAUUGAAGAAAGUGAUGAUGGAGUGUACAGAUGCAAAGUGGUGAGCGAUGAUGGAGAGGACAGCGCUUAUGGAGAGCUGUUUGUUGAGACCGUGAGGAGCAUCAGAGAACACUAUAUGAGCCGUUCCAUCAGGAAACUGAGGAGAAGAGUCGACAAGACCAAACUCCUACAGAGACCACCAGAGUUCACCCUGCCUCUGUACAAUCGCACAGCCUACAUUGGCGAGGAUGUGCGCUUCGGUGUUACUAUUACCGUACACCCUGAGCCUCAUGUGACAUGGCUCAAGAAUGGUGAGAGAAUCAAGCCAGGUCAAGAUGACAGCAAGUACACAUUCACCACUGAUAAGGGUCUGUAUCAGCUGAUGAUCCACAACGUGGACAUGAAUGAUGAUGCGGAAUACACCGUCAUGGCCAACAACAAAUUUGGAGAGGACAGCUGCAAGGCUCGGCUCACUGUGGCACCUCAUCCUGUGACGGAGGACUCUAUGAGACCCAUGUUCAAACGUCUGCUGGCCAAUAUUGACUGUGUUGAAGGACACAGUGUCCGCUUUGAGCUCAGAGUCUCUGGAGUUCCAACUCCUACUCUGAAAUGGGAGAAGGAUGGUAAACCCCUACAGUUUGGUCACAAGGUUGUUGUCAUACAGGAAGAUGUUGACUACCAUGUCCUUCAUAUCAGAGAGACUCUUCUUGAAGACUCUGGUUUGUACAAAGUCACUGCAACCAACUCUGCUGGUUCUGCAAGCUGCCAGGCAACACUGAAGGUGGAUCGCCUCACCUACACUAGGAGAGAGUACAAGAGCGAGGAGGAGAAAUACAGACACGUGCAGAAACAAAUUGAAAAGACAAACAAGAUGGCGCUGCAAAUUGUUGCCACUGAGGAGGUUGUAGCUCUUAACCCCACAGCCCAGGAGGCUCUCAAAUUCGCUGCAGAGAUGUACAAGCCUGCAGUGAGCACUAAGAACGUGGAGGGAGAGUUUGACAUCAGAGAGGAGAAGUCAGACACCAAGAAGCUAGAGGAGGAGAGGAGAAUUUUCAUGCCAUAUGAGAUCCCUGAUCCUGUGGUUCAUGAUUCCAAAGCUCUUGAUGAAGACAAAGCCAUCAAACAGUUUGUGCCUCUCUCUGACAUGAAGUGGUACAAAAAACUUAGGGACCAGUAUGAAGUCCCAGAGAGGAUGGAGAGGAUUGUGCAGAAGAGGCAGAGACGUAUACGCCUCUCCAGGUGGGAGCAGUUCUAUGUCGUGCCCCUGCCCAGAAUGACAGACCAAUACAGGCCAAGAUGGCGUAUUCCUAAACUCACUCUGGAUGAUCUGGAGACUGUCAGACCAGCCCGCCGCUCACCCUCUCCAGAGUCAGAGGCCUCCUUCAGAUCAAGGAGAAGAUCUCUGGGAGACCUCAGUGAUGAGGAGCUGAUGAUGUCUGCAGAGGAUUAUCUUUCAAUGAAGAAAGAAGAGGAAGAGAGAAUGAUGCUGGAGGAUGAACUUGAGCUCGGCUUCUCUGCCUCUCCUGCUGGCAGUCCUGUCCGCAUGGAGCGUCGUGUGAUGGAACGGGAAGAGAGGAGGCAGGAGGUCAGGCAUGAGGCUGUUGAGGUUACUGAGACAAAGAAGAAACGUACCAUCUCUCAGUAUAUGAGAAGGAGAAGAUCACUCUCUCCUACAUACAUCGAGCUAAUGCGACCAGUCUUAGAGCUCAUCAGACCGCCACAUCCCAGGCCUGUGGAAGUAGAGGGGGAGGUUGUCGCCAGGAGGUCCCCCACCCCUGAGAGGACCCGUCCCCGUUCUCCCAGUCCAGUCAGAUCUGUUGAGAGGUCGUCCCGAUCCUCCUCCAGGUUUGAGCGAUCAGCCCGCUUUGACAUCAUGUCCCGUUACGAGGCUAGAAAGGCUGCUCUGAAGUCUGAGAGGAAGUAUCAGGUGGUUAGCCAGACUCCCUUCAGUUUGGACCAUGUUCCCCGUGUGACUGUCAGGAUGCGCUCUCAUCGUGUGCCUGUUGGCCAAGACACUAAAUUCACCCUUAAUAUCCAAUCCAAGCCAGAGGCUGAGGUCAUGUGGUAUCACAAUGGUGCAGCCAUUUCUGAAAGCAGUGAAAAGUACAUUUUUGCCAAUAUGAGUGGUGUCUUGUCCAUCACCAUUCUGGACUGCCAGGAAGAGGACAGUGGAACAUACCGCUGUGUGUGCUCAAACACUAAGGGAGAGGCGUCUGACUAUGCAACCCUUGAUGUAUCAGGCAGUGGCUACACCACAUUUACCUCUCGCCGCAGGGAUGAAGAAGCUGCCAAAGGCUAUGUUCCUGAGGUCUCUCGAAUUGACCACUACCACACCACUCAUUUCAAAGCUGGCUAUGCCUCCGAGACUCACUUUGCUGUAGAAGAGAGCAAAACCAAGGUAACUGAGACACAUGAGGUUGCUACACGUGAGAGGUAUGCUGCUUCCGCAGAGAGAUACGCCUCUGCUGAGAGGUAUGCUGCUUCCGCAGAGAGAUACGCCUCUGCUGAGAGAUAUGCUGCUUCUGCAGAGAGAUACUCCUCUGCUGAGAGAUAUGCUGCUUCUUCAGAGAGGUACUCCUCCACUGAGAGGUACGAUGCCUCUGUCAAGUUUGCCUCUGCUGAAUACCUUUCAUCUGGUUCUUCCUAUUCCUCUGACAAACUUUCUUUGACUGGGAAAACCACCACAUCUGAGGCUAAAUUGAAAGCAUCUGCAACUGCUGUGUCUGAGGAAGUUUCCGUUGUCAAAGUGAAGCCUUCUCUUCCCGCCAGAAUUCUCACCAAGCCCCAAUCUGUGACAGUUUCUGAAGGAGAGACAGCCAGAUUCUCCUGUGACAUUGACGGGGAACCUGCGCCCACUGUAACAUGGAUGCGCGAGACCAGAACCAUUGUCUCAUCUCACCGCAUCCAGGUCACCACCACUCAGUACAAGGCCAGCUUGGAGAUCUCCUCUGUGAUGGCCUCUGAUGAAGGCAGUUACACUGUUGUGGUGGAGAACUCAGCAGGCAGACAAGAGGCUCACUUUACCUUGACCAUCCGUAGACCAGCUCCAAAAGAGGAAGUCAAGGCUGUAAAAUCCCCUGAACCAUCAGUGAAGUCACCCACUCCCAGUGUUAAGUCCCCAGAACCUUCUGUAACAUCACCUACCCCCUCUGUCACUUCUCCUGUCCCCAGUAUAAAGUCCCCCACUCCCAGUGUCAAGUCCCCCGAGCCUUCAGUCAAAUCCCCAACUCCCAGUGUCAAGUCCCCAGAGCCCUCUGUGAAAUCACCGACUCCCAGUAUCAAAUCACCUGAACCAAGCGUAACAUCCCCUACUCCGAGUGUGAAGUCACCAACACCAAGUGUGAAGUCCCCCACACCAAGUGUCAAGUCUCCUGAACCAGAGGGAAUAAAAUCUCCACGGGGUGUCAAGUCUCCUGAGCCAGCACCUUCUCCAGCACCCAGUGUAAAAUCUCCAGCUCCAAGUGUCAAAUCUCCUGAACCCGAAGGAGUAAAGUCACCACCAGGUAUAAAAUCUCCUGAACCCAGACUUAAGUCACCACCACCAACAAAGUCUCCAGAGCGAGUCAAGUCACCUGAAACUGGUGUCAAAUCUCCAGAACCUGCAGGAAUCAAAUCUCCAAAAGGUGUGAAGUCACCAGAACCGGCUGGAAUCAAAUCACCAAAAGGCAUCAAGUCACCAGAACCGGCUGGAAUCAAAUCCCCAAGGGCCGUGAAGUCCCCAGAGCCUGAGGGAGUCAAAUCUCCUCCUAGGAUGAAGUCACCUCCGCCCAUUAUGUCACCCAAAAGGGUCGUGUCUCCACCCACUGUAAAAUCCCCAGUUCCUAAACCCCCCAAGGUCCUUAGUCAGGUUAAAGCUGAGGCCUACGAAGGGUCAGUUAAGAUGUCCUGUGUCUGUGAGAGCAGUGUCAAGGAGGUGGUGUGGUAUGUCAAUGGUAGAAGGCUUUCACAGAGCAGUCGCUUUGAGAUGCACUACUCUGAAGGCUCCUGCAGCCUCCUCAUCCAUGAUCUGGCAGACAGUGAUCAGGGAGAGUACAUCUGUGAGAUGACAUCUGAUGGAGGUGUUUCCAAAUCCUCCUUCUCCUUCACUGGACAGGCAUUCCAGUCUAUCCGGAUGAAGGUCACGGCCUAUCGCGAGCAGCAACUGGCACUUAAAGCCUCAUCGGGAUCAAUGAUGAUGAGUCACAAGGAGUCUUCAGCAUCCGUAAGCUCAGCAAUGAUGAUGAAGAAAGAAAUGCACACGAUGGAGGAGUCGUCCUCUUUCACAUCCUCAUCCCAGGCAAUGAUGUCAUCCAUGAUGGAGUCCAGCUCCUUUAGCAGCAUGGCAGCUGAAAUGAAGUUUGAGACCAUGUCCAUGUCCAGCAUGUCAUCCAUGGCUUCUGAGAUGUACGCCAUGAGCUCCAGCAGCCUGUCUGAGAUGACUUCUCACAUGGAGGGAUCCACGUUCAGACCAAUUGGUUGUGCUCCCAGGAUCGAGGCUCUGCCUGAAGACAUCAGCAUCGAGCCCGGUAAAGUUCUCACAGUCGCCUGUGCUUUCUCUGGCGAUGCCAAACACAUCGAAUGGUCCCGUGGCGGCAGAAUCAUCGAGGUGACUGCCGGCGGACGCUUCCACAUCGAGACCACAGAGGACUUAACCACCCUCAUCAUCACCGGGGUGAGGGAGGAAGACGCUGGGACCUACACUCUAAAACUGUCCAAUGAGCUUGGAUCCGACACAGCGACUGUUCACAUUAGCAUUCGAUCAGUGUAAAAAAAACAAAUCUAACCCUUCAAUCUUCCCCUUUCCUCUACUUCCGUGCCUUUUUAUUUAUUAAUUAAUCGAAAUAAUCUACUAGAUAAAGAUCUGGAUUUCUGUUCUUGUAAAUAUGAACUAUUUUUGUACCAAUCUUGACAUUAAUUUAUGCCAAACUAGACUAAAGUCUAAAGUUGUUAUAAAAUGUGCCAUAUUGGAUAAAUAUGACUUAGGAUUUUUGAUCCAUUUUUCUGUGACAUGUACAUAAUGUAUAUAGCCGAAUUGACCGGUUAUGGGAAAUGUAUGCAUUGUUAUUUAUGACAAUAAUAUUAACUGAAACAAAAUGAAACUAAAAGUGGUUUAACAGGAGAAAGUUUCACCAGGAACGAAUACCCUGUUAAACUUAGAAACUAAACAAUGUGCCUCAACGAUAAGUUGAAGUCUUAAGAUUGCCUCAACAGGUAGAGAGGCUCCCUGUUGAUGUUAACUAAAUCCAUGACGGAACUAUGAAUGCACUGUGAUUGGAGCAGUGCUGUUGCAUUAGUAUGAGAGCGUGAGAUCCUGAGUGCUGUUUGCAUUUACCCUCAUGUAAGCAGGGCGACUGGACCUCGCGCUCUAACUGAAAAUGUCAUACUGCCAUUUUGAUGACAUGCUCACAGUGCGAGCGGCCUGCACUCCCUGAGCACAAUUUUUUUGUUUUGUGCUCUUCUUCUGGCGAACGACCCCUCGAUCGUGCUCUUAGUUGUACCAUCAACCUGGCCAAUCACGUUAAAGAAGGGUCCAUCGGGGGCUUGUUUGCAGAGGCAGAGCUGGCUCCUGGAGGUCUGCAGCGUGUGUGUGUGUGUUAGUUUUAGGAGUUCAGUCAAGCUGGGCGCCGCCAAGCACGUGUGCCACCUCCAAAACCACCUAAGGGGGUACUCAGCCAGGACCCAGAGAAGCCUGGUCCUUCAGUCGCCCGGCAUUUUGAUUUGAUUGACGUUAGACUUGUAGCAUUUAUUAUUUUCGCAGCCUCCUCGAGUUUUUCUCCAAUUAUUGAUUUAAUAAAGCAUGAUUGUCAGCACUA